AUGACGUUUGUGCUGGGCUCAGUGCGGCUGCUGCUGGCCCUCUCUCUGGUGUUCCCACCUGUGUCAGCUGAGGCCUGUUUACCUCAGGAGUUUACCUGCUCACAGGGAUUAUGUGUUCCUGAGGACUAUGAGUGUGAUUUCACAGACAACUGUGGAGAUGGCAGCGACGAGAGAGACUGUGAGUAGAACAGAGAAACAUACAGGAUAGCCACGUAAAAAUUAUCAUAUUUGUAAAUGUAAAACAGCAAGAUAAAAUGAGACUGAAUCAAACGGGAAUCCUGUUCAUGCUUCAUUUGUAGGUGCCCAUUAAUAGAGUCAAUGACCCGUCUUAUUAUACACCUCUAUUUAAUGCACUGUGGAUUUAUAGACGCAUGUGUAACACCUGUAAAUAAUGUUAAUCUGUUUGCCAUUAACAGUCUUUCCCCCUCAAUGUUAAGGGUUACUGUUGGACUUGUUUGUCAGAGGGUAUUCUGAAAUUUGAUAUACAGUUGAACGUCUAAUGACUGCGCUAUUUUACGUUUUUGUAUCUCUUUCCAAGAAAAAGUCUGAUUUGGGUUUUUUUUAAGACUGUCAUUUAUGCACUUAAGUCUGAAAUAACCAAUAAUAAUCUGCUCCUAAUGGCCAAUACCAAUACAAUUAGUGAUAUUGCUGCAAGUUGCAACAUUUGCUGCUACCUGUUUUUUCAGAACUUCUCCACUACAGUGAUAUUUCAGAUGAUGUUAUUUAAAGAAUUGUUGUGUUAAACCUUAAGGACUUUCUCCCUCCUCUUGGGAUACUUGCAGCAUAUAUUUUGCAUGUUGCCAUCCUGUUAUCCUCCCCUGAAAGUGUGAAAAACAUGUCAUUUUCCCUCAUUUGUUAGGAUGUUGAAGCUGCAAACAUGGCAUAUAGUAUCAUCUCUUGUGUUGAAAUGUUGCUUUGUUAGACGUAAAUGAAAGCAACUCUUAUAAGCAGAUUUUAUUGGAUGAAAUUGCAUGAUUGGAAUGAUUUAAAGUAAUGAAAUUCACCCAUUACUGGCUGAUCCUCCAUUGGAUCAGUAUGCUGUAUACCGUGCAGCCCUUUUUUUCACUGUAAAUAAAUGACAGCACAAAAAUAUGCAAAUACAUGCACUUAAAUAUGACAUGUAGAUGAAUAUUUCAUUCUUAACAGCCACCGAUGACAAAUAAAUUUAAAUGCAAGUUGCAUCUGUAAAGUUAUUCAGUUAUUUCCUAAGAUAUGAUCCAAUAACAUAGCUAAUCCUUCGGGGUUUCUGGCAUACCUCUGAAUACACAGAAUUAGCAUUCAUGCUUUAAAGUCCUUGGCUGCAUAUUUGUCAAAUAAGAAUCCCUGCUAAGAAUAAAUAGACGCUUUGUUUUUGAGCUCAGCUGAGUGGAUGAAUCUUGAAUGUGUCUUAAGCUAAAAUAUUCCAGGCAGAGCACAAACACUUGUUUUCUGUUGAAGGCUGGGUUUAUAGGAGGUGUGACUUUGAGGAGGGAUUCUGUGACCUUCUCCAAAGCUCAGAGGAUGGACCUGGAUGGACCAGAACAACUGAGGUGCAUGGACUCAAACGUGACCACACCAAUAACACUUCAGGUAGAAGCUUCUGACAUCAGCCACAUGGGACUCAAUGUAAAUCUAACUGAAUUCACAGAGCUUGUCUCACUUGUUUUUCUAUGCAUGUACCAUAUACCUCUCCCUCCCUCUACCCUUCAGCAUAUUUCCUGUCCCUUGUACCUGUCAGAGGAAAGAAAACCACAUCAGACCUCAAGAGUUCUGUCUUCCUACCCAGCCACACCUGUCAGGUACCCAACCCUUCUGACGAAACCAUCAACAGGAACCUCUCAGUGACAGCUGCUCAUGUCUUCUUUGCACUUUUUACCCUACAGAUGAGUUUCUACCACUAUGUUGAGACACAGCAUGGAGAGCUUCAGGUCUUGGUCCAGACUCAAAGUCUGGGUCAGAGCACAGAGGUGUGGAAACUCUCAACCAAUGUCCAGAUGGAAAUUUGGCAGAAAGCAGUUAUUACAUUUUCCAGCAAUCAAACGUUUCAGGUCAGUAACACUCAGAAUUUGAUAGAAUCUAGUUUUUUGUUGCUGUUUUAUAUCGUAACUUUUGUGAAAUUAUACACCUGACCUUUUUGAUGGCAUCUUAAAGGUCCUACAAAGAGUCUUUUCACAUUUUUGAAAUAUCCUGAAAUUCAUUACUAAAGCCUUUCCAUAAUAUCUAAAAGCAAACAAGGCCACCAGCAACAGUAUUGAUGAUUUUUAUAUCCUUGUUCUUAACGCUUGAAACCAGUGGGAGGGUUAGGUGUCAACAGUGCAGCUGCAGAAACAGCUGUUUGCACUUAACAUUCACAAUGAAUAAAUCAUUGGACUGUCAAAAAAUCAACAGGAUGAGAUUUUUCUUAACUUAAGCUAACAAUGAUUGUUUUCUGGCAAUAACAGUAACUUACUCUGAUUUCAAGCAAGUUCAUUUCACAUACGGCAUACAAGCCAUUUGCACUAAAGGCACAUUAACUAACAGGUACAUCAUAUUGAUAUAUAUAUAUAUAUAUAUAUAUAUAUAUAUAUAUAUAUAUAUAUAUAUAUAUAUAAUUUGUAUGACUCAAACCAAGAAAAUAUGUUCAGAUGAUAAUGAAUGAAGAUACUUUUGUAAAAAGUUGCAGGACAUUCAAGACGUGAAGUUAAGUUCCUUGAAACUGAUAAAGUCGUCACAUUUGAAAUGUCCUACGCCACAGGACUUGUAUUUGUGCAGUGAGUGGGGUACUGACCCACCCAGACCCCUCAAAGGCCAUCUGGAGUCCUAUGAAACCUGCUGUUCGUGUCCUUCCCAUAUCCUCAGACAAUGUCAGCGUGUCACCCUUCUCCUCGUCUUUGCCUUCACCAUCUGUCACCGUCUACAGCCAGCUCAGUUUCAUAACAUGUCUGAUGCUGCGCCGAGGCUAAAGAGAGGUCAACUCUCUGCCAGCAAACACUUUCCCUUCUAUUAAUUUCCUUCCUGUUUUAAAGGCAGUCAAUUCAAAUGUGUAUUUGAUGAGCUCAGUGAUUUGGGUUGAUUUCAACUGGCAAGUCAGCACAACAAUCUGCACUUGCAUUACUUCUUUGGGUUUGGUUUUGUUUUUAAACUGUGUUGCUUAAAACUCUUCAAUUUAGAUUUUUGCAUAAAUGAUAAUAUGCAUGUUAAACACUUAUCCUGGUACUUAAAGAGCAAAAACAGGUAACAAUGUCUGCUGUGCAAACACACAAUAUUUCAUAUAGUGACAAAAAACAAAGUGGAUCUGGCCCAAAAAAAAGGGAUAUUUUCUCCCAUCUGUGAGGGUACAUUGUCUGAAUCAGAUAAACACCCUAGUUUGGCUCUGAAAUCCUAAAUAAAGAGUUUUGGACUCACUGCCAUCAUCCCAGUGGAUCCGAUUCUGUCGAGAUCACAAAAAUCUGUGUUUUUGGGGUUGAAAGAAAAAAUGGCAAACACGUUUGAACAAAGGUAGUUGUGUUGCAUUUUCCCUUCAGCAUGAUAACACAAUCCCUCCUUUUUUUUGAUGAGUCAUAGAUGAUGGUUUAUAUAACUGGAGAAGAUAAAGCCGCUCUGUGGACUUUGUUCAGUGCAGCAUUGAUAUUACUGGUACUCUAACAGAGAGAAUUGGUGUUUUUAGUUAGCCAGCUAGCAAGCAAACAUCUCGUCCCUGGCGAUGUCAUUUGCUUGUAUCGGGGCAAUCUUUUAAACUAUUGGAUACACUGUCUCUUAACCUGAUUAAAGGGAUAUUCCGCAUAAAAUUAAUUUAGGGUCGAUUUCUUUAUCCUGUCCUUGAAGUAAUAAUCACUGUAUUAAUCAUUUUGCAAUGCAGACGCGGUAGUUCUUCUGCCUUAGUGUCUCAGUCUGAUUGCAUUUCCAUGAAGAAAUGAUCAUAAAUGUUCUUCCUUGAGUUGUGUCACCCCGCUGUAGUUUGUAAUGGACUGGCCCGAACAGUGGCUGCUGAAAGAGAGUAUGUGAGUUGCGUUUAGUCUGUUUCCUAAAGAAACUAGGCAAAACUAAAAAUUGUUUGAGGGCUAGUGCUAUGGCUAGGACCCUAUAUGUACUGUUGAUGAAGUUAGGUGCUGUUCUGAGCACUAUUUGAGUCCAAAGAGUGGCGUUUUGGUUGAGGUUUGUGUGAGGCUCCUCAGACCAUUGUGUAUUGCUAUCUUGCGGUCGUUACUCAAGUUGGUAUAACUAGAGAAGCAAGCAGUCAGCAACCUUUAUCUCUGAAGGGGGUGUCUAACUUGGUGUUAUGGUGUGUUUGACCCUUAAUUAAUUUUAUGCUUGAAUAUCCCUUUAACACCAAUCCAUUAGCCUUGUCUGUUCUGUUUGCUAAGCUAGAGCAGGUAUUUGCAUGCUGACACACUGAACUCAUUAGUAAAACAUCCCAAACUUAGCAUCAUUACAAUAGUCAUUAGAUUAAAAUUAACCUGACUUUCACCAGUCAGCAUUAUGUGCACACAUGCACUUACACACUGAAGUGUUCAAAGGUAACAAAAGACAUGACUCCAAGAUUUCUUAAGUGUCUUCUGUGUGUCUACCAGGUGGUAAUUCGGGGGCAACUUCCAGCAGACAGCAAACCCUCCGAGGUCUUGGCCAUCGAUGACCUAUCCUUCAGUCUGGGCUGCCUGACUGUGCCUGGUACCACGACCAUUAAUAACAUCUCACUACACGGACACGACAAGUUCAGACCUUGACAUUUUGAAAUAUCACCACACAUAAACAGACCGCCACAAACUUGUUUUGAAUGCUGAUAAAAGAGGAUGAUAGUAAAGCACCUAGGAUGGGCUUCAUAACAGAAUAACAGAAUCAUUAAAAUAGUGCUUAUGACAUAUUUCCCUGCACUGAAUAUGGAGCACAGUCAGGGCCACAAGCUAGGGUUUAUUUAUGUCUGCUGUAGAGCCUUGCCUGCAUUGUAGCGAGGAGUGAUACCACUGAAUAUCUCGGCUGGGAGCAGUUAAUAAAGUACUGUCCACAUGAAGUUUGGUGACACACAGGUAUUUCAGCAGCAAGAGCAAACUAUGACAUUUUUACUACUGCUAUUAUUUAUCCGAUAUCGGCUAAUGCUCCUGCUCCUUGCUGGAGAAACAAGAAUUGCACAUUCUUUAUUGAGUGACUCAGCUGGGCAACAACCUGUGGCCUUCAGCUUUUUUAGCUCUCCAGGUUGGUGGAGCGUCAAGGCCUGAGUAUUUUGGUGAACCUUUUAAGAAUUAGAUGGCCAGCUUGAAAUGCAAAAGUUUUAUUUAUUUAUUCUUUACCAAAUUAGGGUGACCAUGUGUCCUCUUUUACCCGGACAUGUCCUCUUUUUGGGGGGCUGUUUUGGGUUUGUCUGGGGAAGUUUAUAAAAUCCUCCAAAUGUCUGCUGUUUUGUACGGAAGUUUCGAUUUAGUGUCACGUGGACUUACUGAGUUAGAAGCGUGUAAAAGACACUCGAUCUGACCCCAAAAAACUCCUAAAAUUAACCUUGUGUGACUCUGUGACUCCGUCCCUGCGCAGUCGUGUCCUCAGAAUAUGAUCAGAAUAUGGUCACCCUAACCAAAUACUGUACAUGAAUUUUAACAGCAGAUAGGACUCUUACUUCCUAAUUCAUUGAUUAAAUUUCAUGAACAUGAGCUGUCUUACCUCAUAAACUUCUCUUUUUCUGGCUAGACUCUUGUGUACUUAUGAGCAGCUACACCCAGUCUGAUUAUUUCUGUGGAUAACCCACGACCUUACAUUUUAAGACACAAAAUUCUGUAACUAAAACCAAAUGCAGCUACAAUCAUUUUCAGUGAGUCACUGGUGAAUCGUGAAGCUAUUUGUAAAGCAGUGUUACCCUCUUCUAUCCAGCUUUAGCAUCUUUAAGCUAACUGUUCGGUUACCUGGGUGUUCUGUUUUAAACGCAAGCACAUGCAAAAAGUAGCAUCCAAGCACCUUAAACACAUAAAUCAACUCAGCACAGUCAUUAACAAAUCUGAUCAGCAGUAUGUAAAAAUACCUCAGUAUGGUCAAAAGGCGUUUUAACUUUUUAUUUUUCUACUUUGAAAGAUGGCAUUUUCUAUUAACACCUAAUAGUUAAUAAUCACAGUCUAAGCUGAGUGUGUGUUAAAGGACACACAGUAAGAAGAACCAUCGACUCACAUGAAGAAUCUGUUGGACUGUGACAACAUGUGUUGCAGUGUCUAAUCGAAUGAGACAGGUCAAUGUCAUCUUGGCACUUUGUCCCUUACUCUCCAUCCGUCUAAUGCUCCAGAGAGCAAUAAGCAAUGCUGAUGUUAUCAUAUUAAAAAGACAUCAAAGAUGGAGCUCGAAACUGUGAACAAAGAGGAGAGCUGGUUAGAGGUCACUCCUAAAGUCGACUGGCCCCUUUUUCUGCAGACAAACAUUACUCUGAUUAAGUGCUGAUAGCCUUUUGCUCCACCAGUAUAGGGUUGUUAUUUACGACUUACUUGCAAACUCACAAGGGGAGAAAUUAUAUUUUCUCAGUGACUUACCACAUUCCAGUGUGAUCACGUAUACUGAGAAUUCUUUACGUCUUUUUUAAUUGUCCUUCCUGCAACAUAACCAAUUCAUUUGUUUCACUGAAUGAUGGGUACACAACAUUACUGAGUUCUGAUUAAGUGAACUGUCGCAGAUAAUAAAACAGUAAACAGUAAAUGCUGGCAUGAAAAUAAAUCGAAAUGAAGAUGAAAAUAAUAACCAGACAAAGUUUGACACCACUAAUAAAGCUUAUCAUCAUAAAUCAGGCUGGUUAAAUGUGUAAAUGGCUCCAAGGGUGUUUCAUGUCCAUACAUAUUACAGGGAUGAGGUAUUAUAAGUUAUUACAGCUAUCUUUUCAGAGCUUUGUGCUUGGCUGAAUCUUUUCUGGCCUACUCUCAAGACUAGAGUUCUUCUGUAAUCACUAAAUCAGACAUCGUACAAUAAGGAGAUGUAAUAUCCAGUUACUGUGAUACAACCUUGUCCCCCCCUUCUCCCAAACAUUACAUCAAUUAUUACGCUGCUGCUGUUUAUUUAUUACAAGUAAUGCUUCUCUAGUUAUACCAACUUUAGUAACGACUGCAGGAUAGCAAUACACAGUGGUCUAUGGAACCACGCGCUCAACCAAAAAGCCGCAAAUAAUGCUCAGAACAGCACCUAACUUCAUCAACAGUACAUACAGGGUCCCAGCCACAGCACUAGACAUCCAAACAUCUUUUUAACUUUGCGUAAUUUCUUUAGCAAAGAGACUAAACAUAACUCACCUACUCUCUUCCAGCAGCCGCUUGUUUGUAUGGAGACCUCAGGCAAGUCCAUUACGGACUAUAGCGGGGUGCUGCAGCUCAAGGAAGAACAUUUAUGAUAAUUUCUUUAUCAUUUCCUUGAAGUAAUAAUCACCAUAUUAAUCAUUUUACACUGCAGACGCCGUAGUUCUUCGGCCUUAGCGUCUCUGUCUGAUUGCAUUUCCAUGAAGCGAUGAUCACGACAGCUGAGUGAGCAGAUACUCAAAGUUAGACCAUAACAGAGCUUUAAAGAAGCUUUUACUUGGACGUAAAGGAGACCAGAAGAAGCUAAUCUGGAGCAUAUAUUUUACCUGGCAUGUCUGUACGCCAUUGAGCACAUAUGUCUCAUCAGUCGAUGAAAACUGUAUUUUAAGGUAUUUGAAAAAAAUUUUUUUAAAAAAGAACAAGAAUUUUUAUGCAUUUUUCAGUCAAGGUUCUUCUCCGAAAACUGAAAAUAACAAACCGUUAUGAGAGAGACAAAUCAUUCAACAGUCAGCCAAAAGAAACUAUGAGAUCCUACGGUUUUUCAUUUACGUAUCCAGCAGUUCCCCAAAACAGAAUAACAUUGAUUUUAUUAAGGUUCUUGAAUGGAGUAUUGAUCCAAAUAUAUGAAUUUAAGUCUUUGCUUCACAGUCUAAUCUUCCAUUAAACAGGUAAUGUACUCCUCUCUUACUGCAUUCAGCUGAGCUCUUCUUUAUUAAUCCACCGUGAUCUCCCUCGAGUGCUCUUUAUUGCCAAUAUUACAUAGGAGACUAGUCGCUUCACAUUUAUUGUCAUAUUCUCGGCUGUGAAGGGAUCUGUAUUAACCUAUUUUUUUCAUAUUUUUCAUUUUUCUGAUGCAGAAAACGGUGUGCCCACCCCAUCUGUUUGUCCCCCCUCUUGGUUUGCUUGUAGCAGCGGGGAGUGUAUCGAGGAGAGCAAAGUGUGCGACUUCACUCCACAUUGUCCCCACGGAGAAGACGAAGCCAAAUGCCGUAAGCGCAUUGCUGCCAGUUUAUACACUGAAACUAUCUGCUGUCCAUUUGGUCGUUUGAUUGAAAACAGUUCAGUGGUUUAUAUUUGUUUGGCAGCACAAAGACACAUUGUUGGACUUUUUUUCUCCAGAGUUAAGGUUUUCUGUGUCGGUUGCCUCAAGUUUGAGUUUUAUAUAUCUCAACAUCUAUUUAAGGAUCUUGUGGUAACACUGUUGAGUAAAUUUAGUUAACAAAGCAAAGACCAAACUUUUAAUCUCAACUCUAUUAUAAGGUAGUUUUCUUUUCCUCUCUUUUGCUGCUCAUCUAGCCUCCAAGUGUGACUUUGAGGGGGAUUCUUGUGGUUGGUACGAGCUCACUCUUGGCGAUGGCUUUGACUGGGUAAGAGGCUCUUCUGCAGAGGUUCCCCCAGACUACUAUGGCCGCCCCCCACCUCUAGACCACUCCAAUAACAGCACAGAUGGUAAAGAAACACACAUACACCACAUUUUUUCCAAGAGCAGGCUCUUCCAAUAUGUGAUUUCUAUCACUAUAAGCAGGUACGAGGACAGAACCACAGCAGAGGGAUAAGAUAAUUUCACUGUGCUCCGGGUAUUUGGUCAGAAAUAAAAGGAAAAAGAUGUUAUCUUCUGAGAAUCAAAUCAAGGUUUUGUAGACUGGAAAGAAAUCCUUUUCUGCGUGUUUUUCAGAGAUAAGCACUUCAUGGAGAAAUGCCCCCUCAGCCACCUGAAUAAUAAAUGGAAAUUGACAUAUGCUGUACCCAUUCUGCAUAUUAACACCACAUUAUUCAUUGUUAACCAACAUAAACUAAAGUAUGCUUGCUUUGAAAUGCUGCUCCCUCUGAGAUUAAUGCACCCCAGCUUUAUAUCAUGCCUCAUUACAUCGGUAUACCCAGCAGUUACUCCACAUGUGAUUUGUAUGGUGGAUUUGUGGAUGUAGCACAUCAUCUUGUUGUGGGUGUACUUGGUAACACUGUGUGGUUUUUUAGCCGCACCAUCUGUUGUUUUGUUAUGUACAUUGUGUGGACAUGCUGUGAAAAGAUGCUCAGUCUGGUUCAGAUAAUGAGACUUGGAGACUAGGCAGUGAAAUGAAAUCUCUACUCCAGCAACCUUCAAGCUUUGUGAAAUGAACACACACCCUGGUUGGAGCAUCUGUUCGAAGAUUGAGAAAAUAUGACGGUGCCCCAUCCAAAGACAUUGUUGAGGUAUGAGGUGGUGUUAAAAACGCAGUUUGGCAUUUAACAAGAGCCAAGAAAACAACUCAAUCACAGCUCUGCCUCAAACUGUGCAGCACCAUGGAUUCUUGCCAUGUCAUAAUCAAGGAGUUUUUUUCUUCAGACAUCUGCCAACCGCGGUUCGGGUUACAUCAACUAAAAUAAGGUUGCUUUAUGUCCUGUGCUGAUGUAACCGAUACUUUCCCUAAAUCAAGAAAGUCUCAUUUCAUCUUAUCAAGGCUUCACACUGGUGGCAGAGACAGCAGUUUUUUGGCCUUGGUUAUAAAACAAGAUCCUGAUCCAAAAUCAGCGUACUCAGACUUGUCAGAUCUGUACCACAUUAUCUAAGGGAGUCUGUAGACUUCUUAAAACAGUUAUAGACCUGUAAAACUUUUAUUCUAGUCUUCAAAAUGCAAGAAAGACUGUUUUUUUCAUCUGUAGAUCACAUUGGAAAGUGUCUUCAUAUAAUCCCAGUACUUGGACCUGUAAUAUCUCAGAUUUGUAGAACCUUUACUCUAUUUGUAAAAAUGCAGGAACGGGAAAUUUGACCACGUUUUUCACCUCCAGAUCAUAUAAGACCAGGCCUUUAUCCAAAACCACAAAGCAUAGACCUUUCAAAUCUGGCUUUUCGUCUGCCAAGGAGCUUUCUCUUGUGUUGAAAGGAGGACUGAUGAAAAAUCCAAUUGUGUCAUGAGCUCAUACAUGUGGUAUUAAACCCAGGCAGAGAUGCUACAGUGUAACUGCCAUCUCAGUCAUUGAAUCUACUUGAAUUUACAUGGCAUGGUACCACACAUUCAUACAUAUAACAUUUUAAAUUAGUCGGCAGGGUGAGCUAAGCAAAGAGCUACAAGCUGCUGGUAAACAUGAAAAAAGCUACAAGGGUUUCAGACAAGAAUAGGUUCAGCUGCUGAAUUAGCAUAUUUAUCAGAAAGCAGCUGGUGAAUGUUCAUAUUUGAGUGAAAGGUAAGUUUAUUUUUGUAUUUGCUGAUGAUGUGAAUCAGCAGUGUUUUAUAAUAGGUGUUAUUCUGUCAUAAUUUCCUCUAAGGCAGAAAGUCAAGGAAUAAAACCUGUCUUUGUGUUAGUGCAUGGUGCGCCAGCCUGAAAUCGGCGAACACCUUUUUCAACCAUGUUUAUCAUGCAUCUUUAUUAGGCAUGCAUGAGUGGAACCCAGCAUGUGUUAUGAAUUGUGUUAAAUGAAAUGGCCUUCUGCACUUCAUGGCUGUGUUGUGCAGCUGAUUGCACAAUUUCCAGCCUGGCUGUUGCCAUUGUCCCCUGACCUGUCCCAUCAAUAAAACACUGUUGCCAUGGUGACUGCAGUCGAUACAAUAUAUGCACUUUACAUGUUGUGCAUGAAAAGUCUUAGGGGUGCUGUUAGUUGGGUCACAAAGUGAGAUUCUGUGACCAUCCUCUGGCAAGGAUGUUUUGACGAUUGAUUUGACCUCUAUGGACCCUUUAGAAAAGAUUUAGCCCCCAGGUCCCUCGCAAAAAUCCCGGCAUUUUUUGCUAGACAGCUAAAUUCAAGAUGGCGGCAGGCGCCAUCUCUAAAAAUUAACUUUUGAUCUGGAUGACCUAGAAUCAUGUAUGAAGGCACUUUUCCAUACAAGUCAAGCAUGAGGAUUCCAAAUCUGACAUAGUUUUAAUCAUACAACUUUGUUUUGACCGCGAUAUUCAAGAUUGCUGCCAUCUAGUACUGUGAUUCUCAACCUUCAGGACUUGACCCCCCAAAACAAUCAUAUUUGAACUGGGUAACCCCCAAUUUGUUUGUUUGGGGCUCUAUUUCGUGCCUCGCUGGAGACGUGCUGCAGGCGCAGCGUAAGUCAGGUCCGCCGCGCCGACAAGGCGUUCCCAAGCACAAUUUGGAAUUUUGGUGAGCGACGCAGCGCAGCGUAAGUAUCCCCCCUCCUUAACUCAGCUCCUCCCAGCGGCGAAAGUCGUAGCGAGGGAGGAGAGAGGGCGUGGAGUGGGUUUAACACAGCUGACACCUGUUUUCACCAAUCACAUAGGCUCCUCUCCUUGCCUUUAAAUCCACCACUGGCGAGGCGUAUUACUAUUUUCGUGAAGUAGUCAAAGAGAUCAAGAGAUGUCUGAAGACAGCAAUGCCACACGAUGGUGACAGAAGGCAGCUCCUCAACAAGUGCCACUGUAAGCGCUGUAUUUGGCGUCCAAAGGUGGGUUGAGCGCACAGAUCACAAUAUAAACUCCAAAAAUGGCAUUAAAAUUGGAACCAUCUGUGCGUAAAUGACGCAUCGCGCUCUGUGGCCUGGCUCUUUCUUUCAUAGAUGUUGGCAUAUAAAAUAAAUUUGCCUCACAAAACUGAAUAUUAUAAUAUCCGUAUGUCGGCUUGAAGUAAAUAACUCAUCUGAGCACUGAAACAAAUCAUCUGUUCAGCUGCAGCAGGACAGAGAGAGGACACAGACACAUGUCCAGGUCGAGCUGCGCGAGAAAUAAGAGGAAGAGGAAGAAAGAAAAGGAGGGAGACAAAUUAAAUAUCUUGUUAACUUCAUCAUGUGUGUUUAUUUACUAGAUAUUUAAUUUAAUUUAAUGCGGUUUCAGCUGUGUUGAUUCGAUCCGGUUGUGUGUCCAAAUGCAUGCCAAACGCGCUCAUCAGAUCAGAUAUAGAUCAGAAUAUAUCGAUAUAGAUCUAAAUGUAUGUGCUGACUCAGAUUAAUAGUUAGUUUUUGUUGAUUAUUUAUUGCACUGAAAUGUGCCUGACACUGUGGAAACCUGCCGGUGAGGCAUCAGUAACGUAUGCUGAUACGCUGCUGGUCUACCAAAAUACCACUAGACCAGCUGCGCUGAAAGCUGACCAGGUUUGAAUCGGCGAGCUUUCAGUGCACUUUACACGCCAUUGGCGAGCACGAAAAUGUCCAUGAUAAUACCAAACUGGCUGUACGCUGGGCUCCGCCAGACGAAAAUACAACUGUGCGGGGUCCGCCACCCUCCACCCUCCUGUCCCUUCAUGUCAGGGCAUGUUAGCACAUGCUGCUUGUUUAGUGCUGCUGCUUUCCUAAAUGUUGCCUCAGUCAUUCUUUUGAGCCCACAGUUAGAGGAGCUACACAUUUGAUCUGUAAAGACAGUGUGCAUGCAGAAUACAUGGCUGCUUGAAUAUGGAAGAAAAUAAUAUACCAACCAGGACAGACAGACAGUCAUGUAUUCUCCAGUGUGGUAGUCUGUGUAAUGAAGCCACAUAUACAAUUAAGUCGACCCAAAGAUGAUCCCUGACAUGAAGGGACAGGACAGCCAAUCAAAUUGCCUGAGUUAAGUACUGCUGCUGACAUGAAUCAAGCAUACUGGAUAGUUUGAGUGCAAUAUUUACUGGCCUUUAUGUUGUUGUUAAGUUAAGUUUUCUCUGUACUUAAUCAUUGGUUGGUGGCGUACCCCCAGAUGACAGUGAAAUUAUAAUGUUAGGACUUGUAAGAUCCUCAAAGAAAAAGAUCAUCACUGCAUCCAAAGUAAUCAACAAACAAUGCUAAACCAUUGGCCAAAUUGUCAAAUGAUAUAAGAAAAAGGCAAAAAUUGUGAAUAUAGCCGAUCUACAAGCUCACACGCCUCACAAUACAAGGUGUUACGGGUUUGUAGAGCGGUUAUUUUCACAAUAUCAAUAUGUGGAACAGAAUCAAACAAAUUGGGGGUUACCCAGUUCAAAUAUGAUUGUUUUGGGGGGGGUCAAGUCCUGAAAAGGUUGAGAAUUACAGUACUAGAUGGCAGCCAUCUUGAAUAUCGCGGUCAAAACAAAGUUGUAUGAUUAAAACUAUGUCAGAUUUGGAAUCCUCAUGCUUGACUUGUAUGGAAAAGUGCCUUCAUACAUGAUUCUAGGUCAUCCAGAUCAAAAGUUAAUUUUUAGAGAUGGCGCCGGCCGCCAUCUUGAAUUUGGCUGUCUAGCAAAAAAUGCCGGGAUUUUUGCGAGGGACCUGGGGGCUAAAUCUUUUCUAAAGGGUCCAUAGAGGUCAAAUCAAUCGUCAAAACAUCCUUGCCAGAGGAUGGUCACAGAAUCUCACUUUGUGACCCAACUAUGUAAUUGACCCAACUGGCAACAACAACAACAUUGUGCCAAGCAUUUAGGUUGGUCCCCCUAUCUUGACGGUCUGAUUGGUCAGUGUGUUUGCUAACAAGCAUGUGUCAUUCAGCAGGCAGAAUAUGUGGUUUGUAUGGAUAUAAAUACAUAAUAUUUCUAUGUUUUGCAGGACACUUCAUGUUCAUCAUGAAGAACAGCAGCAGUCUUCAUCCCAGGGCUGUUCUUCGUGGACCUUGGUUCAAACAGUCAGCAUCAGGAUGCACCAUGACCUUCUGGUUAGAGUCACACUUUAAUAAAAGCUGUUCAGCAUCAAGUCUUCUUACAACCACAAUCUGUAGAUCUACCUACAUUUGAGAUGUUUUCCAUUUGCUGUCUCCCCUCCUCUGUGUGUUUCUUGAUCUUCUUUCCCCCUUUUCUCCUACCAUCUCUACACUGGUGUCAGCUCUGCUCUCUCAGCAUCUUUCUUACUUCACAAACACACUAAGAUGAUCCACAUUGAAUCUGUCGUUUUGACAGAAUCAUGGCCCCUUAAAUUUAUGUCAAAUGAUGAAAUUUUUUUCUUCUCACUGAAUUAUUUGAGGGGUAAGAAAUGCGGAUUCAUAAAUUCUGUAUUUUUCUGCAGAAUAAUCAAAAGCAUCAUGUGUUACAAACAGGAAGCUUAUGCAUCAUCUUAAAAGGACAAUAUGAUUUGCAGUACAUUAUGUUAAAGUAACAUAGAGUUAAUGUGAUGCCACUGUGAGCAUGUAUUUCUGUGCUGAAAUCGAAUGUCAUCCACUUUCUCUGCUUCUUCUCCCUCAGGCACUACAACUCAGGCAUAUCAGUGGGAGCUGCAGACAUGUACCUCAGAAUCAACGGAGUGCCAAACAACACUGUCAUAUGGAGGACUUUGUACGACCAGGGACCCCGCUGGCACCAGGUCACCGUGCAGCUGGGGCGCAUCACUCGGCCCUUCCAAAUCGCGCUGGCUAAGAUCAGCUUGGCUGUGUUUGAUGGAGUUUCUGCCUUGGAUGAUAUCACCUUCAAGAACUGUUCGAUGCCCCCGGCUGUGGCAGAGUGCCCAGUGCACACUCAUUUUCACUGCAGGCAGAGCAAGGCGUGUGUGGAGAACUUGCAGCUCUGUGACCUUGUGGAUGACUGCGGGGACGGGUCCGACGAGGAGGGCUGCUGUGAGUGUUUUAUAGUGGUGACAAAUGCUCAUUAGUAGUGAAAACACUCAGCACAGUUACAAAAGAAAUCCUUCUCCUAAGAUUUCCUUUUUGUGUCACAAAUCUUUUGGUUUGUGUUGAUUUUGGCGCCCCCUGUGGACUAUGCAGUAGCUCUUUUGUCUUUGCUGAUUCUACUCAGCUCAUGCAUAAGUGAUGUUUUUAGCACUUUUUGGCAGCAUUUUUGGCCAAAUGUAUCUCUCAUUUUGGUUCUUUGCUAUAUAGAGAGUAAACAAAGGCUGCUUUGUGUUUUAUCUGACUCCUACCCCAUGGCAGCAGCUCAGUUUCAUUACUCUGUUAUUAUUCAUUCAUUACCUUCAUUGCUCAGCAUAGAGUGGAAUAAUUCUAUUACUGUAAAAUAACUUGUUUGUAUUUCUACUCACAGGUUUUUUAUUGUCAUUCCACCUAAAUUAAAUGUACCCAUCAGUUUGUUUCCAUGUUGAUUAUGGCUCCGGGAAGAUAAUUUUCCUUGUCCUAUGUGCCGCAGCUCCAGAGCUCCAGUGUAACUUUGAGCAUGGACUGUGUAGCUGGAAACAAGAACAGAGUGGAGGAGAUGUAUUUGACUGGACCCGUAUCCAAGGCCCCACUCCGUCCUUCCACACGGGGCCAUGGAAGGACCACACACUGGGCACCAGCUAUGGCCACUACCUCUAUAUCGAAUCCUCUGCCCCUCAAGAGUUUAAGGACACAGCAGUGUUACUGAGCAGGGUCUUCCAACCAACCCACCAGCGCGGCAAAGACCCACCCAAGUCCUGGCAGCACUGUGUUUUCCGCUUUCAUUACCACAUGUUUGGCUCACAUGUGUUCUGCCUGGCAGUGUACCUCAGGACCACAGCUACAGGUCGGGGGCACAUGUUAUGGGUACGGUAUGGAAACCAGGGAAAUCUGUGGCACAGGAAGACCCUCUACCUUAACAGUGCUCGGCCUUUCCAGGUAACUAAAGCCCCAAAAUGACUUAGAAUGAGACAUAUUCGAUAUUGAAUGCUAUAUGUGUAGCAAUGAGUCAUACCUUGCUCCAGAGAUCCUUCACAUCUUGGUUAAUUUAAAUAAGUUCGAUCAAAAAAUAAGUGUAAUGUGAACACUUGAAGAGGGGUAUGAAAGAGUACACCACAGCAUUAUAUGAUAAUGAUCCAUUUAAAAGCUUCCCUACUUGGCAUUGAACCCUCUAGAUGGAUGUUCUGUUGUCAUUACUCAUGAGUGAGUUUGACUUGACAGGCAGUUAAAAAGUUUUUUUCUCCAUUAUGCCAAUCCAAACAGGUGCCCUGUUUGUCAAGUUAAUUGACUGCAAAAGGGUAAAAGUGAAAAUAAUGGAGACACUGAUGAAUUAAAACUAGACUCCGGUGGAUCAAUUUGCUCCCACUGCGGGCACAUUGCCACAGAAUGACAAAGUAUAACAAUCUGACAUCAAAUGUACCAACACAUUCCUCCUGGAUUAGCUCUGAGAUUUAUUAUGACCAUUGUAGCCACAGCUAAUGUACAAUAGACUGUGAGAGGAAACACUUUCUUAUCUUAAAGCCAUUCAAUAACGAGCAGUAUGAAGCUCAGCAGGUUUAGAGUAAAUUGAAUUGUUUUCAGACUCAAUGUUUGGAAUAAUAUUUUAAAAUAUACUGUGUGUGCUGAACACUGCUGUUUGUAUAAUGCUAAUGUGACAUUUGAAACCCCUCCAGCAAACAUUCACAUGGUGCUUGAGACAGAUAGUGCUUCAAAUAUUAUUCAGGCCCUCCUUUUGUUUUCUUGGUAUGUCUUAUUCUGAAAUUCACAUACGUAUUGGCCUGGUUACUGCAACGACACAAAAGCAGUGAGAAAUUCUUUGUUUUGUCUAAUUUAAAUAGCCUUCUUUGAAAACUUAUCAGACUUAAAUCUCAGUCUAAACGGAUCCAUUCCUCAUUUCGGUUGAUUUAAGAGAUAUGUAUGUUACCCGUCACUCAUCUUUGCUCUGGUCUCCUCAAUGUCCAGGAAAAAAAACAAAGUCCUUGUUUUCCAAACUAUCUGAUUUCUGUCCAGCUUUCUAAACUAAACCAACCGGUGGAGCAUAUGUCAAUUUACUCACAUAAACCCACUCAGAUUAGAGUAAAACCUAUUAUGUCCCAUAGCAAGGUAAAAUUAAGGAUCUUUGUGUCUCAAAAUGCGACAAUUUAUUUAAAACAGUAGUGGAGGUUCUUGCAUAUUUACUAAUUUCCUGAAAUCAUGUCAUGUCAUCAUCUUACAACAGUCAUCCCAUUUUUACAUAAAGGACUGUGAUUGGGUCAGUAUACCUGACAGCUGUUCUAGUCCCUCCUGCCUGAUCGGUCUGGCAACACCUGUCUACUCUUUAUAGCAGUGAAAUUUUUUUUGGGUUGGAAUAUUUUUGCCAUCUCUCUUCCUGUCAAUCUAAAUAGAUCCCCAUGUGACCACAGCAGGUCAUCAAGAUUUUGUAGCUAGCAGUUACCAGCCAGCUAAUGACCAACUGAACAAACCCAAGCUUAUGCUUAUGUGAAGUAUAAAAGAAACACAGAAAACCAUUGACACAUAUGAUACGUGUAUCAUCUGACAGGAAAUGAAUGGACUUUCUUCCCCUGGUCACAAGCUUUGAUACAUAUGACGAUGACACCCUUGUUAAAUCUGUGCAAUUUAGACCUGUUUGACUUCAUAGUAGAUUAAAUCAGUGAUUUGUUCUUGUUUGUUGGAAUUGAUAAAUAUGACCUUAGAUGGCUGUCAUUGCUAACCAAUCUUCAACUGUUGUUUUGAUUCUUAUUUUUUUUUCAAUGGCAGAUUCUGAUCGAAGGUACAGUUGGAGAUGAUUUUAAUGGAGACAUCGCCAUUGACGAUCUUUCCUUCCUGAACUGUGUUCCAUAUGAAGGUGAAUAACCUUCUCAGAAAUGGAAAUAUAACCUCUCUUUGGGAAAUCUCUGUCAAUUCUAAUGUUGGAUUUUUGUUUUCUACUAUCGUCUGGUUACAGGAGAACUCCCCAAACCAAACACCACCACCCCGACAGUGACCCCUCCAGCCUCCACAGUUCAGCCCCACAGCUGCCCAGAUGGACAGUUUGUGUGUGGGGCACAAGGGGAGUGUAUCCCCAACAACAAAGUGUGUGACUUCAGGCAGGAUUGUUCUGACGGCUCAGACGAAUUAGAUUGUGGUAAAACAUUCAUUUUUGGACCAUUAACAAUUUCACCUCAUAAAUGUCAUACUUUUUUCCACAGUGCUGUAUUAUUUCCUUUUUCUAACUCCUCUCAUGUUGUUACAUUUCUUUAACCUCCAUUUUUACUUACUAUUGUUUCUUUGUACAGUGAAGGAGCUGUGUGAUUUUGAAGGUGGAGACACUUGUGGUUGGAAGAGCGUUGAUACCACUUUGGUCCCAAUCCACACGUUUCGCUGGUCUCCUGAGCAAGGGGAGAGCAUCCAUGAUGGAGAGCAAUACCACCGUCCUAUAAAUGACCACACCCUGUGAGUACACUAAAUACAUUUGGAUUAUGAACAGAUUAUAUACUCUUUGACGUCAUGAUUUGUACUUUUCAUACUGCUCGGUCAUAAAAAAGGGUUAAAUAACAUGAAAAAUUAAGCCAGACUAUGUCACUUCACAAAUAUUAGCAAUAAGUGUAUGUCUUUGUUCCCAACAUGUGGGGAAAUACUCAAAAACUGUGAAACAGAAACCCUGUUAAAGUCAGAGUUCUUUAAAAUGAACUGUAUGAUGAAUAAGACAUGCCCGUCUGUUGCUGAUUGAAUAUAGUAACCUGAGCGCCCUUAUCUGUGUGCUGUGGGAGCAGGAAAUGGCGCUGCACUUUGACCACCAUAUUUCAAUAAUUUCAUCCCUCAGCCACCUGAAUUGCAGACAGAAUCUCCUUGCAUAACCCCUCUGUGUGCCUAGCACUUUCCCUCCUCACUCCUGCUGCAGCCUUGACUGGCUCUUGAUCGAUACGGUUUGAAUGAAAUGAGGAGGGGAAGCGGUACCUUAUUUAACCCAAUUGGAGCCACACCUCUUAUGGGAAUUUUAUAUCCAGAAGUAAAUGUAGUCAAGGUGGUGCAAGGCAAUUACAGCAUUACUUAUCUUACUCUUGUUGGUGGGUAGUUUAGGGAAUGGCAGUUUAUAGCUUUCUGGCUCAUUGGCUGGAGAAACAUGUCAACAUAUCAGAGAGGGUUAUCAAAAUAGCAACAUUUGUACUGUAACUCCUGCAACGAUAAUCAGUAUUAUCUGCUGAUGCAGUCAAGAAAAGCAGGGAUACUGUGAUUAUGACCUAAUAAGUUUCUUCAAAAUAUUCACCCACUACAAAUCAAUCACCAAACAGGGUUCUCAUCGUUACUUAGUCUAAUUAUUUUUUCACUUAAGCAUCGUUAAUCACUAUAAAUGAAGUGGACAUACAUAAAGCUCUGAAAUUAGGUUGUAAAAAUUUACUUCCAAAAAUAUGUCAUCUUAUCGGAUGUCUGACCUCCACUGUGCAGCAAGAUUUAUAUGCUGAGUUUGACAGUAGAAGGUUGUUUUCACUUUAAUCUACUGAAGGGAGAGGGUUUCUCUGUGCUCACCUUAAACCUGAGUUUACCUGAGACAUGAGUGCACAAGCAUGAUUUGUUACAUCACAACCAAUCUGUAAGCCAGUGCUGGUUUAAUAUUGAAAAUUUUAAUAUUGAAAAGUCUGAUGUUCAAACCUGGAACGUGAACUUGACUGGAAGUCUGAGAAAUUUCUCCUACUGUGAAAUGUUUAAAUUACAAAAAUAGGUACAUUCACAGAGUCUUUAUUUGUAAAUUGGUAAACAGGAUUCACUGUAUGUGAUUUCAGCAAUCUUUAAAGCUCCUGUGAGAAGGUUUUGUGUAGUUACGAAAAAGACAGACAUCGACGAUGACCUCUUUUUAUAACCUAGGAAAACGAACAAGACCAUCAGGAAUAAAACUGGUUAUUUCUGCUUUAUAAUUUUUAAUAUCCAUAACUAUUCCUGUGGGUAGGUGUCGAAUUUAUCUGUCAGUUCCAUUUUUCACUUAAUUAUUAAGAGUUAGGGUUACAAUUUCGCCAUCAAAAGAUGUCGGAGGAGACUUUUACACCAACUACAUGUUAAGAAUAAGAUCAGCAAUAUGCUGAAAUGAACUGCUUUGACCACAGGGGGGCGCCAAAAUUGAGACAAAACAAAAAAAGUCGAUACCUUUUGUUUCUAGUCUGGUGUUACUUCUCUAGUUUUCCCUCCUUCGUUAAUCACUCAUGAGUUUCACCUGUGUCUCGUCUGCCUCACCUGUUGCUCGUUUCCCUAUGUGUGUAUAUAGUCCCUGUCUUCGCCUCUGUUCUUGUUGGUUCACUGUUUGUAUGUAUGUCGACGUGUAUGUCAGGCAGCAUAUGCUUGUCUUCCCAGUGAGUCUCCAGUGAUUUUCGGUUAGUUGGAUUUUGCCUCUUGUGUUUUUUUUUUUUUUUUUUCUUUGGAAAGUUUUUGUUGCCUUCAUUGAGUUUGUUUUAUAUAAAUCCUUUUUUUUUUUGUUCUGCAUUUUGGGUCCUUUUUCCUUUUUGUUUAACUCCUGACCAUGACCUAGUUAAGCUUUUAAUGAACGCCAGGAGGAAAUUCAUAUUCAAACAAUUUUUUGAGGCAACUGAAAACAUGUUAAAUAGGGAUUAAGGGAUUUACAAGACACCAGGGAUAGUAAAUCAAAAGUGGGGACAAAACAAGUGGAAGUUUUUCGAUCAGAUUUGGAAAACCAUAUAAGCGUAAUAGUAUUGUGCACCCUGGUAAGAAAAAAGAAUAGAAAAAAGAAAAUAGCCAGCUUUACAUGUUUCUUGAUCCGAUUAAAGAUUAGAGGGAUUGGAUAAUCUGAAUCCACUGGGUGCAAAAUGAAAGAAUCCUAUCAUGAUGUGCGUAUACAUGCACCAAGCUUUAUUCAGAUUAGAAGUAUUUGGACAUGCGCGGAGUUGUCUGAUUUCACUAAAACAACUGCUCAAGUGUUGUAUUUACGAGAAUGCUGUCAACAAACCAACAAAUGCUGUAGUGGCUCACUCCAUCCAAUUCAGGUGUUUUCCCCCCUGUUAAAUGUUGACACUAGAUGGCGCCCUUGCGUACUUAUUUUACUGUUCCAUAAAAGGUUGCACUGUGUGAGCAGAUAUGACAAUAUUGCGCUGUAUGUACGCCUUGUUAUGUUACUGGAGGAGCCAGAGAGUUAAUAAUGAAACCUCCUGUAGUGGCCUCAAUAAAUCAGCUAAAGGCUAAAGAUCGGCAUAAACCACCCUUCUUGAUCGGAAUACAAUUUCUUUCUGACUGAGCUGAAUUGGAUCAGAAUCCUCCGAUCAACAUGUUUACUUGACGCAUUUUUAUUCAGAUCGGGCAUUUAUUCCGAUUAUUUGUGCCCAUGUAAACGCAGCUAGUAAAGCUAAACAUUAAAAAUGUAGGUUGGCUAACCAAUAGAGGUGUUGGUGUGCGAAAGCCUCCUCAUGAGAUGAUGUUUUUUAGAAGGUCACUUUCAUUCAAGAAAAUCAAUACAAUGACCUAAUAAUGAUCCAAGCUUUCAAGUGUAAAAUCCACUGCUCGGGCACAUAUUUAUAAGCUAAUUCUGUACUUUUUAUCCAACAGAGGCAGUCCCCAGGGUUGGUAUAUGUGUGCUGACAGUUCAAACGGGGGUUACGGUCAAACCACUGACCUUCAGACACCUGUCAUCUCCUCCACUGGGCCACAGUGUACCUUGGUCUUUUGGUACCACAUGAGCGGCUUCACAGUGGGAUCCCUGCAGGUAAAAAGAGGGAACACGCUGUGCUUAGUGUGAUAAUGAUACUCCGUGCAGAGGCUUUCAUCACGAAACUCAUAUCUUUCUAAAUUUGCAGGUGCUGCUGAAGAAUGGGAACGUCACUCAGGAGGUUUGGUCCCAGACUGGUAACCAAGGCAACAAAUGGAGACGGGGAGAAGUGUUUUUGGGGUUAUCAUCUACCUUUCAGGUCUGUGAGUUAGAAUGUCACUUAAAGAUAUUUCCACUGUGUCAUGCAGUGAAUUUGUCCUUAUCACAUAUUAUGGUUUACAAAAAGAUUUUUGUGAUUUUCUUCAGACAGAGAAACUUAAAGCACACUGCAGAAACAUUGUCUAUUUUCUAACGUUUCAAACCACAUGUAAUCACAGUGGCUGAUAUGGUUGACAGUAGAAAGAAAUCAGAGUAAUAUUCAUAUACAGGACAAGAUCAGCAGAGCUCAGAGGUAGUUCUUUAUCCACCAGAGUCCAUUCAUACUGCAAGGACCACUGAUUUCCCAGGAGGCACGCUGCUACUUGAUUCAUCAUCAUCCAAUAUACAGAUGCUUUAUUGUUAGAACAAUAAAAAGAGAUGUGACCUGAAUGCAAAACAACUAUUGAGCCAGCCUGUCAUGACUCUUAAACAGAGCAAACACUUUUGACAUGACAUGAUAACAUUUUCCAGAGCUAUCCUCCCUUUGCAAUUAUCCACGCGCCCUUCAGACCUCAUUGAAUAUUUGUAAUCAGACUCUUCUUACUAUCCGCAUCAGUUUAAUUGUCCUGAUUUCACUUAUGGCAAACUAAAUUGGAUGUUCAGACUUGAUGAUCAAUGAUAAAUUGAUUGGGUCUAAUUCAGUCUAAUGAGUCUUUAGCUGCGACUGUGACGGUUAUCAGAGGUGCAAUCCUUCCACUGUGUCACUCUGAAGAGGUUAUUCCAGGCCAUUUUCCCCACACACUUAUAUAUACAGAUGCACUAACACCCACAAAGGACAGAGGUCUUGAUUGCACAGGACAGGAGCAGUCCUCUCUCUGACCAAAUACCGCAGCCUUUACACAUUUUCAGUGAUGCAAAUUAACCUUUGUCAGAGCAGACACUCUCUGAUCUGCACCGUUGAUGCAUCGAGCUGCUGAAGUGCCCUUUCUUCCCCGUCUCUUAGCUCUUCAUUUGCCGACCGCCCCAAGAUGCAGAAUAACAUCACCAGAGUUGAACAGCAGCUUUUGGCCUUUUUUUCCCCCUCGCACCUUGUCACAUUAGAUCGAGUGUCAACAAUAGACCAAGUGGCACCUCCUACGUUUUGGGCCUUCUUCUUGCUAGGAUUGACCAUAUAUAUUUGCUGUGAUCAGGACAGGACUUGAUCUGAAAUUAUGCAGUGUGUGGCAUAGGGCUGGGCGAUAUGGUGUCAAAUCAAUAUCACGAUAUACUGAGCAGUUCACCUUGAUAACGAUAACUACUCCACGAGCUGCUCACCCCCUCCCAGAUUAACUUAGUCCACUUCAGCAGCCUCUCCAGCUGCUACAACUUUUGAACCGUCCUCCAUCUCCUCACCUGUCUUUCCCUCUUUGUUGGACAGGAUGGGGUGGAGUCACGUCUCUGACAUAGAACAGCAUCUUAAAGGGACAUGAGACCAUAGCCUACCUACACACAUCCAAAACCAACUUUUAUUUAUUUAUUUUUUUGACACCGAAUAUAUUGACAUGGGAAAAACAGCGUUGGUUAUUGUUAUAAAUUUUGGUAUCAGUAAAUGUUUGGUUAAUCGCCCAGCCCUAAUGUGGCAUGAAGUUAUGUGUUUAUACAUAAAUGAAAACAUACACUAUUUUUUGCCCCUCUUAUUAACUGUAUCUGCUUUCUGUACCAACAGAACUAUAUCAUACAUAUCAUAUUCUGUAUAUGUCUUUUAAAUGUACCAGUUAUACCAUAAGAUAGUUAAUAGUCACCUGAUUGCUAAUAAACGUUUUCCUUCAAUGGAAAGGAAUAUGGCUACUGUAGUAAUAUGGUAUAAAAGGUAUUGUAGUAUGUGGAUCCUGGCUGAAAGUGUGAUUAUGUACAGGACUGAGAGUUUGUCUGUUUUUUAUGUCUGUGGUCAGGUGGUGUUCAGGGUAAAGCGAGGCAUCAGCUACAUGGGAGACGUGGUCAUAGAUGAUGUCAGUUUCCAGCACUGCUCCCCUCCUCUUCCUUUAGAGCAGCUGUGUACAUCUGAGCAGUACGCCUGCGCUAAUGGUCACUGCAUCCCUCAAGACAACCUGUGUGAUUUCAUCAACCACUGCGGGGACAACUCUGACGAGGACUCCUACAUCUGCCGUGAGGCCUGCUCUACUGUCGCACUGAUGACACCCUGAGAAAGAUUAAUCCCAAAUAACUGCAUGGCUUCAACUGCUUAAUUUUUUAUUCUGCCUUUCAGAGGGCUUCGGCAUGCGCUGCAGCUUCGAGUUUGACCUCUGUUCCUGGCGUCAGUGUCAAGAGGAUGACUUUGAUUGGUUGAUCAAGGCGGGUAGUACUCCAACUGUUGGCACUGGGCCUUCAAGUGAUCACACCCUGAGAGAUCCCUCUGGUCACUACCUCUACCUAGAGAGCUCCUUCCCCCAGGCGGCUGGAGACACUGCCCGUGUGGCAGGACCUUUACUGAGCCACAAGAGCAGAGAGUGUAAGGUGAGUUGGAGUAGGCAGUCACCAUGUAGUUUUUUUUUUUUGACAACUUAAGAUAAAAAGUUACUUCUUUUAAGCCUUUAAACUGGAAAACAAGUUACUGUGAGGCCAUGGGUUCACAUAAAAACUCACCUGUAAAUGUUUUGAUAUUUGUUGGUGCAACUUUAAGGCUGAAGAUUCAAGACCUGAGGUAAAAUUUACAGGAUUCUGUAGAAAAUAUGGCUUUGAAUAAAUGGACACCACAGAGCUCAGCUGAAACAGAGAAAGUUUAGAGUCAAAGGAGAUUGAACAAGUAAAAGACAAUGAAAAUUUAAUGAAGCAUUAGUACUCCUCUGGGUCUCCUGAUAUGAAUACUGAAAUGUAAUCCGUAUAUCUGAUUUAAAAGCUUCACAACACUUUGUACCUCACAGGGACAAAAAGAUCCAGCUGGAGUGACUUGCACUGGUCUCUGUAUAGCAUGUUAAAAACACUGGCUUGGAGCAUACAUCUGCUAUUAUGGAUACAUUUAUAACUGCAUUGAUUACUUUCAUUCAUUGCUGUCACGGCAGCAGAAAUAUUGUAUUAAAUAACCGUGAACACAAAAUAAGGUUGAGAUGUUCGAGGACAAAACUGAACAAUGAUGGACUUCUGUGUGUUUCACUACAGCUAAAUGCCUCCACAAAAGAGUCUCAAACUGUUGGUACAGGAAGCACAUUCAGACAUUUUUAAAUACACUUUUUGUUGAGUGUUAUGGCAAAAUCAAUGUCAUAGGGAGCUAGCCUGGGUGUUUCCAAAGAUAAGAUGAGCUUAUAGACACCUCCAAGGCUCUUUUAUUCACAUGUUGUGUUGAAACAGCAAAUGAAGUUUUAGUCAGACCUUGCACUGUGUGGCUGACUAUGAAAACAACCUCCAAUUGCAUUUUCACACUGGUCUGAAUUGAAAGUGGUAACAUCCUUCAUCACUGCAAGAUAAAGGUUGGAAUCUUUCAUCAAGUAUGUACCUUUUAAACUUUUAUGAACUGUUGGAGAUGUGUUGUAACAGAGCAUGCAAUUAGUAACUGGGUGUGUGUGAUUUGACACUUUGUAGUGUGUGUGUGUGUGUGUGUGUGUGUGUGUGUGUGUGUGUGUGUGUGUGUGUGUGUGUGUGUGUGUGUGUGUGUGUGUGUCCUCCCAGCUGUCAGCCUGAUUCCUGCCGAGCAACGAUGUCUUGAUUGACUGCACAGUUUGCUCUGUAUGUCGUCCCUGUCUUAUCCCACUCCUGACCUGUCAAUCAAUCAUCCAGACAGUGAAAAAAAAGGCACCAAUUAAAGUGAAAGGAUGACUGUAAUGGGGGAGUGGAGGGGUGUGAGUGGAAGGGGAGGAAAGGCAAUCUCUCUGAAGAGAUGGAGGGUGAAGUUGUGCAGCUGUAGCUAAUGAACACACCUCAACUUCACCAUAAAAACAAUCGAACGAUGCUGUCGCAAUCUGUGUGGAGGACAGAGUCAAUUUCCCUGAAAGCGCCACUUAACAAAAAGUUUCUCUCUCUGGUGACAAGAGUUGGACUCAAAAACCUUUCUUUGCUGUAACUUUGGUUUCUUUCACAUUUAUACCAGAGGGUUAUGGCUAUUUGGCAGAAAGGAUGUCCUAAAGACACAUAAUAUGUCGGUGUAGAACCAUUAACUCAUAGUGAUAAACUGGUUUUAAAGGACCAUUAAAUGAUAAGUGAUUUAAUAAAACACAAAUUCAUGUAUUUUAGUAUCCUGCCAUUAGUAAAGGUUAACAGCCAGCUGUUUGUUGUCCAAAUACAUGGAUGUGUUUGGAUGGAUGAAUUUAGCUAAAACAAUUUUCAUCUUUCAUGCAGAUGCGUUUCUACCUCCACAUGUCUGGAGACAGUAUUGGCACUCUUAGUGUGUUCAGAAAGAGCCGGGGACGCCCUCACCUCCUUCUGAACCUGACGGGAGAUCAGGGCAACUACUGGCAGAUGAGGGAGAUCCACUUGAGCCACAGCGAGGACUUUCAGGUGAUAUUUGAGGGAAAGGUGGGCCGCAGUCCAAAGGGUGACAUCUGCCUGGAUGAUAUCACUUUCGCUCCAGGGUGUCUGCUCGCCUCCUCACCUGAAGUAGAGAACAACACUCCUCCUCCUCCUGCAGGUACAUCCUCUCCUUUUUUACUUCAGUUUGUCCCCAGUAAAUCUUGCCUAAUUUGCUCUCUCCUCCUAGGUCUCAAACAACAUGAAGCACUGCUACUGAAUGUUUUUAUAUGGUUAUUUUGAACGACUCAUUUCUUCUGUGUUAUUGUUAACGCUUAAACCCAUCUCAUUGUACUUCAGUUUAACUCACUUCAAUCCUUCUCCCACUUUGAAUCAUCUUUCAAAGCAAUUUACCCAUACAAGGUUUGGUGUCAUCUGAUCAAUUCACCUCGGUGAGUGAGUCUGGAACCUCUCGGUUCAUUUAGUUUUUCCUGGAGACAUUAGCAACUGGAAACGGUUGGACAGACCUACAACCAUCCAGAUUAAUGCAGUGUGUUGAGUAGCCCAUAGCAACACAAAAUGUAAACAGACAGCAUCAUGUAGAGGAAAGACACACAUCUUUCUUACUGAUGAAUGUUGUCAGUGCAGAAGCUGUUUCUUGAUUUAAUGGAAAUAUAUUAUCCCAAAUAUUAAAAAAGCCACAAUAGCAGAUUCAGUGGAUUUCCCUGCAGCAGAAGCUGCAGUCUCAGUUGUUUACAAAAAGCCUCAAGUGGUGCUUAAGGCCUGCCUCACAUAAGUGAAGAGCUGUGAUUGGUCCAGCUAACUCAAACCUUUGUCACCUUAUAACAACUAAAGUUCUGCCUUAAUUAAUAAUACUUAGCUCUUUGUUUUUUUUUUAUCGACUGACAUGUGUAACAACCAAUUAGAGCAAAGAAGCAUGGGCUUUAAUUAUAAUUAAAGUCAGUUAUACAGGCUAGGUUAGAGGUUCAAGUCUUUUAGCCUCUAUUUUAACAUAAUGCAUAUUAUGGGUGGGAAUCACGAGUGGCCUCACGAUAAGAUGUUAUCAAGAUACUUGGGCCACGAUAUGAUAUUAUUGCGAUUUUUAACAUUUUGCAAUACAGUGAGUAUUGCGAUAUGAUAUAUUGCGAUUUAUAAAUUUUUUUCAACUGUUUAGCUAGUUUAGCAUUUGUCCUCCCUUUAUGUUUGUCUUAUUUAUGCUGUAUUAUGUUUUCAUGUUGCACAUCAUGCAAACCUUUAUAUUUGUUGUACUAAUUUUUUUCUGCUCUAUGAUGUCACCUCUGCCAACCUCAAUGGACAAACAGUUGAUUUUGUUUUUCCAUUAUCAUAGAUUUGACUUUAUAUUAGCAUUUAACUUAAAAAAAUGAUACUUGGGUAAUGAGACGAUACGAUAUAUCACCAGACAAAAUAUUGCGAUACUAUACUGUAUCGAUUUAAUCUCCCACCCCUCAUGCAUAUAUAUUCAGAUUUAUAAUGUAAUGGUGCAUAUGAACUAACAUGUGCAGAUUCUGUAAAGUUCCAAUCAGAAACUGUGGGUGUUUCCUUUUCUUCUGUUCAACUGUACUAAGUGUUGCUACUCUUCUUAUUUCUAAAGAGUUGGAUCAGAAACUGUUUUUGAUUUGGAUUUUAAAGCCAGCUGUUUGACAGUGACCUUUAACAGCUUCUAUAUAAUAUUAACUCUGGUAGAAAAGUUCACAGCUGUAAUUACUUGUAGGUCCAGCAGACAAAGAUGGAUGAUCAACCAAGUACUUUGUCCCUAGGAGACAAGAAUUUCAUUGUUCAUACUGCGGCAGAAAUAAAUAGCCAGAAUAUUCCUGCCAAGACUGGAUCCCUGGUGAAAGCCAGGCUGGAAACUGAAACAUUUUGUUUUAAUUAUUGUCCCUGAAAGAAAUAGCCAGUUAAUAUUGGCUUUUCAGUUUCAUGUUGAAAAAUGACCCUGCUUGGACCACAGGGUUUCUCUUUGCAGCUGUACUUCUUCAGGGUUUUUCUUCUUUUCUGAGAAUAUUUUAGAGAUUUGAAAAUAACAGUCAGUGCGAGCAGAGGAACAGGGCGAUAGAGCUGCAAGUGUCGUUUUAAAGGAUUUUCUUGUUGAAGGAAAGAUAUCCAUAAUAAAAAGAUAACUGCAGUUUUGAUGACUGGUGUAAUAAUGUGCUGAUAUGAGCAGUCAGAGGAUAAUUGGCUGAUUAGAUAUCAAAAACUGUCUCUGCACUUGGAGGACAAAAACUGUCAUUUUUGGAAAUUGAUUCAGAAUAAAAGAGUGAAACUUAGUCAAGCAAGUGUAAUAAGUAUGUUCAAACCAUGUCAUUGACUUCCUGCUUAUGUUGACUUUCAUCACAGCUAUUUGUUGUGUGUGUGUGUAAACAUGCAGCGACAUGAUUCAAACAGAAGUGUCGGGAGAUGAUGAAAGGGCAGAAUAAUAUUACCAUUUCCUGGAUACUUGGAGCUAAAAUUAUGAAUACAAAUCCUCAGUGACAUUAACUUGACACACUGAGGUCCCACACAGUGUUUGUCACUGCCUGUCCAAGCACUGACUAAAGCCAGCUCCAUUGGCAUCUGAAUCUCUGGCUGGGGAACUAUUCAUCUAUUAGAUGUUCCUCUGCAUCCCUUCCCCUCUUUGUGGGGGGAAACCUUUAAGAGGCGAGACAAACAACAAGAGCUGAUUUAUUGCCGUUGUUACCGCGCCUAUAAUUGGCCUAUUAAAUUUAUUGCCUUUCUCUUCUAUUGGAUAGCAGAGAGGAGAGACAGCUUCUAGAUUGUCUGUGCUCAGAAAUGGAUGAAACUGUGGAGCUGUGCGGCCCCUGAAUGGGGCUCUGGGUUGUUUUGAGACAAACGGGAGAAAGUGAGAUCCUUCAGCAGCAGAAGUGUGAUGCAUCUCUCCCUCUCCCUUUCUGCUCUCUCUUUAAGUGCCUCCCUGCAUUUGUCAGUAUUAGUGCUUAUGGGAAACAGCAGGGGUCCCACAGAGUCAGACCGGGGAGCUCUGUGGAAGUGCAGCCAGGUCUCGGUGCUUAUGAUGCUUCCAUAUGUUAAUGCUGCUACAUUACACACCUCUCCAGCAGGUUUUCUUUGAGUCUGCUUGAGCUUGAAACACAAUUUGUGCUGGCUCAAAAUUUGUGCAAAGGUGUAAAAUGGCCUAUUUAAAUCCGUAUAUAUGUACCAUGAGUAAUAAACCUGGGCUAAGAAGCUGGCAGCAUCUAGCAUGAGUAUUCUAGGAUACAGUGACUGUGCCACUGUGUGAGGGAUGCAUAGCUGUAAGCAACAGAUGCUCAUGGAAAAAAAACCACCAAUCACUUCUGUUUCAGGCAGAUUUGCUCCUCGCAGAAAUACACCUGCUGGGAAAAACACUCUGACAACCCAACAAGCAGAAACAAGAAGCUAGCAAAGCCGGUUGUCCUGUUGAAAUGAAAUCCUGGAGCCAGGAUGGGCGACAAAAUCAAAUUUUAUAUUGGUCCUUCACCAGUUUGAAGUCGCUGUUUGCUUAUGAUGGAUAAAUGACAAAUAAAGAUUGACUGACAGUGUAGAGUACUCAGUUGGGUUGAGUGAACCAUAAAGAAAAACAUGAAAUGAGAGAAAAGACUGUUUCCUUUUCAAAACAUGACAGGAACACUUCCAGACCAAGUGCGAGCACAGCAAGUAAAGCCGCAUGAAUAUAGAAAGAGAUGUGGGUCUACAGAAUAGAGGGAUCGUGGAUAUUUCUUGACGUUUUGGACAGAGAGUAACACCUAUGCCCUGACAGCGAAGUGAGUUCAUCCCAUCAUUAAAAGAGCCGGUAGAGAGCCAGCUUUAUAAGACUGCCACAGGCUGCAGAGAAUAUACAGUAAUACUGACAAGACUGAAGACAGCAGGAAGUGUAAUUAUAUACUGAAGCCCCUCAGGGCAAUUUUUCCUCCACCGCCUCAGUCUAUAACACCACCUCGUUACAUGAUGAAGAGCUGGAGCUCAGCACGCGCCCACAGCAUGUGGCCUGUUAUUGCUGGGUAUUUUAUCUUGGCUUUAGAAAGACACUGCAGACCGAUAAGAACAGUCAACAUAGACCUGUGACACCAAGAGCUGCUGUGUGUGAAAGAAUAUCCACCCGUUAUUUUAGAUUUAAAGUCUAAUUGAACAUCUUGCUUUCUCUUUCAGCUUGAGCGCUGUCAGACUUCUUACCCGAGCAGCAGAAAUAAUAAAAAGUGAAAUAAUGAAAGUGACGAGAUGACUUAUUACACGUCUAGGAGAGAAUUAGGGAGAUGUGCCCAGACAUAAUUAAUUAAGACUAACGUGGCAGAAUCCAUUUGAAGCUCUCUUCCUUCCUUAUUAUAUUUUGCUCUGGGCUGUUUCUGCAAAUAUCAUGUUAUAUUUAAAGAAGGUGCAUUUGCAUAAUGGUCACUCAGUGAUGUCCCUGUUAAGUACACUGGAGUGAUCUAAUGCAGAUCUGAUACAACAGCUCAGUCAAUAAAACAUCAGUCAUUCAAAUGCUGGUGCCAUUAAGUGUUCAGUAACUUUAUUUAUAUAAUAAUAAUAUAUAUUAUAAAUAUGUAAAUUCAGCUGUGUGCUCAUUAUUGAGGUCAGAGUUGAAGGUGAUGUGUUCAUUAAACUGAGAGCCACUCAUUCCCAUUUACAUACAUGAGGAGACAAAGUAUGACUGGGUCCUCUGGAUAUAUAGCCUCCCCUUAUAAGCACUUAAAGACUGUCAAUCAAAACAUUCUGAUUUAAUUAACAUUGUCUAUGACAUUGUUAAAAAUAACACAGCUAAUAUAAAUUACAAAACUCUGCAGCAGUCGUGAAAGUAGAAGUUAAAGUGGAAUGGUUGUAUUUGGUAGGACAGGACUGUAUGAUGUUCUUGAUAAAGAGGCCGCUGGCAGCAUGUCAAAAUAGAAAAAAAGCUAUCAUCGAAAAUGAUACAUGAAGCCAACACAGAUGCUACGCUUUAUCUAUCUUCACCAGUGGUCCUCUGAUCUCAUAACCUCAAUUUAAUCUUCAGUUUGAAGGUUAUAAAUUUGACAGCAGAUGAUCAAAAGGUAGAUCUUUUGCACUUUAUGAGGUUGACAUAGACUGGCUGUAAGAGCAAUGGGGGUCAUGAUGCUAUCGCCAUUAAUAUGUGCUUUAUACUACAUAGAGGUGAAGAGGGGAAUGAAGCAAAGCAAGGUGAAAAUCAUUUCAGAUGCAGAAUAUACUUGGUAAAGUUCGUGUUUAAUCACCUAAAUGUAAAAAGAUUUGUCUUUGUUGACUCAGAAUAAGCCUUUUAUAGCAAUAUUGGAGCAGAUUCCCUCUUGGCAGAGGCUGUUACCUUGUAUCGCCAUGUUUCUAGGGUAUCACAGAAUGGUCAAACUAGUAUCAUACACUCUUUUGUGUUGAAGUUGUAUGAUUCAUUUUUAUCGUAACAACAACUAAAAGACCAUAUUUCUCCUCAGGGCCAAUGCUGUUAGGAUGGAUGAGCAAAGAAGCAUUUCAGUACAGAAUCUGACUGCUAGGUUUUACACAAUACUCCCAUUUCUAUACGCUUAAACCUGUAAAUACGAAAUAAUAAAAAGUGGUUUAUAGUUAUUGUCUGGUUAUUAAAUAAAUAAGUCCUUUAAAGCUCCUGCCAGGAACAUUCAGGCGCCCCCUGUGGGCAAAGUGGAAACUCUUCUGUGAACAACAUUAUGGCAGCAGGGGGCAGUGUGCCACUUUAAGCAUCGUACUGUAUAUGAAUACAAUGUAAAGGUCAUUUACCACACAGCAUCUAAAAGCCCUCAGUGUAUGCAUGUAAGAAAAUACUUACAAAAAAAAAACAAGGACAAUUGAUUUCAGAGAGGAUAAAACACAUAUCGGAGAAAUGGGAUACUUUUAGGUUCAAACAUUAAUGUUUCUUUACAAUAAAUCCAACCUUCAGCUCCUCUGCUCUCCCAUCAGGAGGUGAGGCAGUCUGGCAUCACAGUCGGGAGCCGUGGCUUCCUGGCUCCCUCUGUGGCUUUGUUGGGACGCAUUGCUUCUGGUCCUGUGCAUCUGAAGAGGAACAAAAGAUUAGGAGGGACUUAUACCCCUUUCACUUCUUUCCUUACAGGGACCACCCCUCUUCAUCACGCUUCAACUCUCCUCUCUGACACUCCCCAAAGCCAGGCACUGACCCCGCUGGAAUGCCUGGCACCUAAAGAAGCAGAUUCCAGCCCCCCUCCAGCACCACCACCCCGUGAUACACUGAUUCGGGCUCUUAGCUGCGUGCUCUUUUGUCUUCUUAAGCUUCUUAAGGAGACCCUGAUGCUGUAUGCAGAUGGUCUCCACACUCUCCCUGUUGACUUCUUCCCCCAAAAGUUAAUACUGAACGCUUGACUCCAUGUGAAAUCCAGUGAAUCAAAUGGAAGCUGCACUGUAAAGCACCAUAUGAAUUCUUGAAAGAGUGAUCUAACAUUGUUGUCUUGUCACCACUUAUAUAAGGAAAACAAUGUCACCCUCAUGUCUGCUUUUAAUAUGAAGCUAUGACUGAUGGUAGAUUAGCCAAACUAAGCAAAAAGACAGCAGCAAAGUGUCCUCGGAUGCUUCCAGAUGCAGAGAAAUUACUUACCUAUCAUGUCCCAGGUGAUAAACCUAUCAUUGAGAGAGAGCACAAAUACAGGUCAAGGAUCUUAAAUUAUUUCCUGUCUGCCAUUUUUCCAGGUUCCUGUCCUCCAGGCUUCCUGCGGUGUGAAAAUGGCCGGUGUUUCACUCCAGGGCAGAGCUGUGACUUCACAGACGACUGUGGCGAUGGCACUGAUGAAAAGGAUUGUGGGACUUCCUGCAGCUUCGAGAACGGUCGCUGUGGCUGGAAGAGCUCCCUGGCUGAUAAUUUUGACUGGAAGCUAGGAACAGGGUCUGUCAGAAGCAUACGGCCUCCAUAUGACCACACACUGAUGGAUGAAAACGGUAUGUGUUCACUUUUUUCCCUAUUUAACUUUCACUUCAUCUAAAAGUUGUUGAAUUCUGCGAGGUCCGGUUUCUUAUUAAAAAAAGAUUCUGUGCGGUUUCAUCCCCCUCUCUGUAUAAACAUUGUAUAAUUGAGCAAGUGCACAUACAUCGAGGACUUGUGGGUGGUUUUAUAUAAUCAGAAUAAAUGAAACUGAGCCGACUUUAAAAUAUCCACUAGUCCAGUUCAAAUUGUGGUUCUGCACAAUGUUUAAUUCAUGUCUCAUCUCCUCCUCUGUGAGUCAAUGAGCUCUUACCCAGCGAAUAUGCAGCAGGUGAGCCUUGAGGUGAUUGAUGCAAGGCUGUUAUUCCUUUAUACAGUGUGUACAGUGAAAAGGGAUACUCGUUAAGAACCAGCAUACAGUAUUAUACGACGAAGGAGGUCAUAUGGAAGUGCAAGCAGGCAGAAGUUGUUAUCCUUGGAAUCAUCAUUUCUGCUGGAUUCUGAUGACACAUGGUUUCAACAGAAAGUGUAGUUUGAUACCACCCUGAACCAGCACUGGGGUUUUACCGAGAGUCCUGUCAGUUCCCCAGCAUCCACCUGAAAGCUUCAUCCAAAGGGUGCCGGAUAUGAUCUCAUCAACACCCAAACUUUUGUUUGUUUAAAUUAAUCUUUUGAAAAUGAGCUCCUGAAAUUUUCUGGAGAUUUCCUGAAAGCUUCUUUCACAUACUCCUUUCUGAAAAUUUGCAGAAACUUAACAGAGAAUACGGAAAAUUUUCUGACACCUCUAAAAAAAUUCCAAAAAAUUACCAGAUUUCUUUUUUCACUUAAUUUUUUUUUUUUUUUUAAUUGUUUUAUUUUUUUACAAAUGUGUUCACACAAAUGUGACAUAAAACAUAGCAGUUGGCUUAUUAUGUGAUAAAUAGCAGACCCAGACAAAACAACAACAAACAAACAAGCCAAAAACAAACAGAAAAAAAAAAAUAAGAAAAUGAAUCAGAUGGACAGAAAAUUAAAGGGAAAAAAAGUUUAGAAAAUCGAAAAAAUAAAAUAACCCUGAAAUUAAAAAAAAUCUGGUAAUUUAAGGAAAAAAAAGAAAAAAAAUAGAGUAGUAUUUUUAAUCUAAGUUGUGGUUUUUAUCCUUCUUUGUGUCACUCUUGCACUAGAAACAUAGUGUAACUUUUUCCAUCACCUCACUCCAAUUACAUGCAGAAAUUUUACUUGGGAAUGUCAAAAAAUAAUAAUAAUAAAUUUGAGUAAAAAAUAGCUACUGCCAGAGAAAUGCAUCUCAUUAGACACCAGGAACACUUUAUAAAAACCUUUAAAAUCACAAAUUUGAAUUGUAGGAUUUUUUUUGGUUUAAAAUAUUCAGUACUAAAAGUUACAAAUGUAGGACUUAACUCUUGUUGGUAGUAAUGUAGAAAAAAAAAAUCCUCAUACUUACACAAUGACCCCCCUUCACAUUAGUUUAGUAUUUAGCUGUCAACUCAGGCUUCAUUUUUAUUUAAUGAGCCAGACUCAAAUGGGAAUAUUCCAGCGCUCCCCCAUGUGUCAAAAGGCGAUGAUAUAGGAAGAUGUGUCAGAGAUUACUGACCCUGGGUCCUCUCUCCUCAACCACACUGCUCUAACCUUGCUAUAAUUUGUCACCGGCUGCAAAAGCUCCCUAUGCAGAGAUAGUUAUCAAUUUCUCUUUGACUCGUCUCCCUUGUUGUCGCCCUCCUCCUCCUUCUCCUCCUCCCUCUCUUCAUCUUCGCUCUUCAGGUCAUUUUAUCUAUCUGGAAGCUACACCUGUGGGACUCAAAGGAGAUAAGGCUCAUAUAAGGAGCUCUGUUUGGAAAGAGUCGAGCGCCAUCUGCAAACUGUCCUUCUGGUACUUCAUUUCCCACAAGGCCUCGGGAACGAUCCGCCUGUUUAUCAAAGUAAGCCACCGGCGAGAUUAUAUUGGUGUCAAAUAUGAUUUAAACCGAACAACCAUGAUGAGAAAUGAUGAGGCUAACUUAAUAAACACAAGUCCUAUAGAGCUGCAGUUUAGCCUUUGUGGUAGAGGGAGGUGGUGGCAUCAAGGGAGGGAGGGUGGUGAGCGAGGGGGUCAUGGUCAACCCUCUGGCCCAGAGCAUCGUCUCUCCACCAUCUGGGCACGCACCGGCCCUGCCAGAUCUCAAGUCUCCUUGCUUGUUAGGCACUCAGCCAUCUAGUUUGUGUAUUCAUGCUUGACUUUGAGGGAUUAAGAUUUCUGCUGCAGCUUUUCGGCCAUUGAAAUUCUGCUGUGAUUUACUCUGCCUCCCGUCUGUGAGCACUCGACAUCUUUUCACUUUGUCAAGUACGACUCAAGGUCAAGGUGCAGGCGUAAAAUUCAUCAUUAGGGUGUUUGAUUGUGUUUGGGACUGCAGAUUUUUCUCAUUCAAUGACAAUGGACAGCACUGGCUGGGUUGAACCUGUGCCUCAAUAAACUCCUGGAACUGUUUUAUGUUAUUGCCAAACACACCAGCAAGUUUUAUGUAGAUUUAUAAUGUCUUAAGUAUAAGUAAUGUCUAAACAUUCACAAGAUAUUGACUCACACAGCUGCAGAAAUGUGACUGUUUUAACAGAAGAAAAUUAACUGAUUCAGCUCGUAAAACUUACAACAGCACUUGAAUCCAAAUGUGCCCUAUAGGGAAGUCUGUAUGUUUUUAUCAUGAGUGCCCAAAACCAAAACCAAACAUGAAUUAGUCAACCUGAAGUGUUAUCAAACCUAUAAUUAUUUUUUUCCUUUUAUUCAUCGGUGAAUUGAAGUGAGUGUUAAUCCCUUUGAGAGAUUAACGAAAAAGAGUCAUAACUUUGAUAUUAAUGAAAUUCGGCAAAAACACUAUUUUGUGAGAAAUUUCCUUGUAACUUUCAGGGAUGUAUGGAUUAUUCCACAAAAUUGGGAGAAUUUUCAGGAGAGAAUAUUUCAAGAAUUUUCCCCUUCUCUCUCUGUCGCCUCUGGAUAUGGUUUUAUUUAUUGUUUCUGCUUAAUUUGUAUUUAAAAUUCAAAUAUUUUAUUACCCUACUAUAGUGUAUCGAUUUGAGACUGACGUCUGCUGCAGACGAGAGAAAGUAGCUGUUCCCAAUUCGAAUCACUUAUAUCAUCCAGCUCUCCAGUCAGGCCCACUGGCUAUGUGAUCGAUUAUGUGUCUCUGCGAGAGGAGGCGCAUGAUGAAUGCAUGAGGACUGUUUUACAUGUCCUCCAUGUUCUCAUGUGGAUGAAAAAUGGAAAAUUUGGCCUUUGGAGAAGGUUAGAGCCAAGACGAAAAUGAAGAACCCACUGAGAGGAUUGUGAUGUUGGAGGUUAUCAUUAUGUAGGUUUAGAUUUAAGUGUUGUCUAAUUUUUGUCUUUAAUGUGUCUCAGAGAGUGAACAGUGAGAGCGAAUCAAUACCUUAGUUCAGCUGAAAGUCCCUGUAGUCUCUUGAAGUUAAAUGCAUGCAGGACCUCGAAGGUUCAAAGACAUUAGCUUUCACACAUUAUCGCUUUGUGCUUUAAUUUACUGCAUUAUAGCGUUUUUAUAGCCUUGAUGUUGUUUAAUGUCAAAGAUUCAACAUGAAUUCAAACAUGAAACAGGCUUAGACAGGACACGCUCUGGGAACACUGUGGUGUUAAUGUGGAGUGUGUGUAAGCCAUCCGUAAAGGUGGACUGAAGAACAAAAGCAGUUAUGGUAAUGAUGCUAGAUACAGAGUGGGGGAUCAUAUUUACCUUGCAAGUGUUCCCUCUGUGAAGUCCACAAGGGGCUUAACAGUCUUGUCUAUUUUUAACAGCAGACCUGUGAGCUACUCUUGCAUCGUUCAUGCCUUAUUUCUUAAAGUAGGCCGUCUAUAAGCUGGAGUUGCCGACAAAUCUUUUGAAUUCAGAGAUAUUGCUUAAUAUCAGGUUGGACAGCCUGCUUUUUACGAAUUUAUCUUUCUUUUUUAUAUGGUUUGGUGGGUCCACAUGUGGUCUCCCAUUAUGGUGAGCAGUCUGCAACAUCUGCAAGUCAGCCCAAGAAAUCACAUUAAAACCAAGUAAAAUAUGGCACGCCACAGCUAAUGCCUAAAUCAUGCUCUUGACUUGUAAAGCUGUGCAUUCACUCAAACAGAAUGGUAAUAAACCUUUAGCGUUUAAUAGCUCUUAACUUAAAGUUUGAAUUAAAUGGGAGUUUACAGUGAAACAGCUGCCAGCAGUUCAGUAGACUAAGGAAUCCAUGAAUAAAGAUGGGAUUUCAGCCGAAUGGGACAUUUCUUGUAUUGUUCAGACAAAGUGGCUUUUCAGAAUUUCAAUAAAAAAACACAUUUCAUCAUGAUUACAAUUGUCUUUCGUCUUCGUUGGUCCCCCACGAAUGUCACCAGAGGGAAUAUAAAAUGCCACGGUGCAAGCGUUCACUCUUCACUUUGAGCAAACUGAAUUUGUGGUUGCAUCGCCUGGACUGAGAGCUCGGGAAAUGAGCCUUCAAAUUGAUCGAAUAAAUGCCUCAACUGAUCCACCACCUAGACAGCAAAUACGAGGUACCGAUGCCAGUAUCAUACACUCGUCAGCCGCUUUAAGGCUGCUUUUAUAGAUUGAGCCCCAACUCCAUGACAUAAAUCUGGAGGAGUCCUGUUGUAAUGCUGCCUAUUAAUCUAUGCUCAACUCUCACAGUAACAAGAUUAUUUCAAGCCAGAGCUCCACUGGCAUAUAGCAGAGGAGACAGCCUAUGCAUGCCUCACCCAAGGGUGCAUUUUAAUAGGCUUUCAAACUGAGAAGUAGACUGUGACAUUCCUCGUCCUCUGCUUUUGAGUACAUUAGACCAGGUCUCAUUUACUGCAGCGGAGCCUUUAGCUACAUACUCUAAGUCUGAAAAAAAUAUACUAUUAAAGCAUGCAAUACUCUGUGUGCUUUAUUCACCUGCAGAGUCUGAAAGUCUGGCACUUCUGAGUUAGCCUGAUUCUCAUUGUGACGAUGGACUGAAUUAAUGAUGUGAUGUUAAAGACCUGCAGUCACCUCUGAAGAGACCAGAGGACGAGGAAGUCGUUAGGAAUUACUGCAGAGUUACAGCAGUCUUAACAUUACUCUUACGAACUUCAGCAGAAUGGGUUGUAAAAUCUUAAGAUUCUGGUAUUAAAUACUGAGUGGUUUAACAUGCAACUGCUUCACAGUAUUGACCUGAAGCUGGAGUCAUUUUCAGAAUCACUUCAACUAUGAGGAUUUCAAAUGGUGUCAACAUAUGGUAUCAGCCAAAUAACUUUUGCUUCACUGUUUGUCAAUUGAUCAUAUACAGUCAGUGAUUGAAAUGUUGAGAGACAUGAACUUAUAAAGCCUUUUAGUUUCAAAAAGGUUCAAUUAAGCCGUCAAACCAAAUCCUUGCCAACAUUACUGUAUGUAAUGUCAAAGACAGAAAUUUGUUCCUCUAGCAAACACUUGAUUUUGCACAAGUGUAAUCAUUUAAUAAGUAAAUGUCUGAAUUAGAAAGAAAGCCAUAAAGACUAAAAUUGUCUGUGUUCUUAGCUGUAAAGAUGUAGUUGAACACUUUUACAUGGGAGUCUAUGGGGCUUGACUUGUCUUUGGAGCCGACUUCAAGUGGCCAAUGGAGGAACUGCAAUUUUGGCACCUUGGUUAGCCCUGAAAAUUAUCUCUUCAAAAGUUAAGUUAAAAAAAAAUAAACACAGUUUUCUAAUUUAGAAGAAAUGCAACCCAUUAUAAUGUGUUCUGACAGUUUAGUAGUAAACUUGAUCUGACAUGAAGGAAUAAAACAUCAAAUAAUUCAUUUAUAAGCAUAUACUACAAUUUUCUUUAGUUUUUUUUUUUUGCUUUGAUUUAAACUGAACUUAUCAGCCAAAGUAGCCGAAGCUGCAGAGAGGUUGAUAUCAUUAUUAUGAAGCAUUAACAGCUCAAUCCUCUCUAGUUUCCUUUUACCCUCUUUUGAGAAGUAAAAAGUGUUACAAGUCUAUUUCUACAAACAAUUUUGUCCUGACUAUAACGUUUUUUGGGUUUAUUCGAGGUGACAGUUUAUUUCACACUGUUUAAAACCUCUCUGCUAUUGUUGAAUUGAAAAAGAAAGGAUGUAGACACCAUAAACUUAACAAUUUCCACACCCUCACCAGUAAUUCUGCUAUAGUUCCACAUAUUUUCAUCUUUUAUAUGAUGUGAUAUGACUUUGUAAAUGUCUCAUUCAUGCUCUUGACACAACAUUAAAAACCACCGGUGGGAUGCCUGCUCGUAAAAUCACCUUUCAAAGUCCCAUUUGUUGUCUUAAAGCUGUAUAAGUCAUGAUUUAGUGCCCGUGUAGUGCCAUGGGAAAAGACAGAGCAGACUUUAAGAGGAAUACACAUUGGUCUGUUCUUCAAAUAUGUUCCACAUGUGGCAUGAGAGAAAACCAUUAGCAUAACUCACGAAAGCAUGGUUUCAUUUUGGAGAGCAGAUCUGAACAUAGGGGAACUUAUUACUACAAUAUUAUGAUAAUGAGACUUUAAUGACUCCUCUUUGAUGGCACUCACUGUUUCUCUGCAGCAGCAGUCAGUCCAAGAGUUAAUUUCAGCUCAUUUUUACUUCAUCACCUUUUUCUUACUUAGUGUGACUCAUUUCUUUCUCACAGCUGCAGCUUUAGAUUCACUUUGAGGCUCUUUGAAACAUUAGUAGACUUGACAUUGUGACCAGAAAAACCACCACAUGCUUUGUCAUCGCUUUUUCUCUCCACAGGCAGAGAACAAUCUGUGGGAGGUGUGGAACAAGACGGGGCAUCAGGGGAACAAGUGGAACCGUGCAGCGAUCCCUCUGAGGAAGCUGAGGGACUUUCAGGUGAUAUUUGAGGGGGUUCGCACGAUGGAUGUGAGCGGAGGAGCUGCCCUGGAUGACCUGGAGUUCAUUGACUGUGCUCCAAGUAAGUGAUAUAAAGAACAGUGUGCACAAAAAAGACAAAAUGACUCAGGAAAAAGUAGCACUUGCAAAUCUUGACAGAUGCUACUUACAGAAUUUCAACUUCUACACUUCAACUAAGCUUCUAGAAGGUUUAGUAAAGGUAUAGAAAACCAGCAGACCCCACAGGCAUGACAUGCAUGCUGCUGAUUCUGUAAAACUAAAAUCAUUUACUGAAAGGGGUGUGUUCAAAAAAAUAGCAGUGCCGAGUUCAAUUAGUUAGGUCAUAGAUUAUGUGAAAGAAAUAAGUGUUAAACAGGUGGCCCUUAUUUAAGGAUCAAGGCAACUGACGCUGCAUAUGCUGGCUGUGCAUUUGUCCUUCAAAAACAGAGUAAAAUGGGUCGUUCAAGAUACUGUUCAGAAGAAGAGCGUUCUUUGAUUAAGAAACUAAUAAAAGAGGGGAAAACUUAUAAAGAAGAGCAGAAAAUGAUUGUUCAUCUAAAAUGAUAAGAAACGCUUUAAAAUGGCAGCCAAACCCGAAAGGCACAGAAGAAAAAGAAAAAUGACUAUUCGAAUGGAUCGGAGAAUAACCAAAAUGGCAAAGGCUCAGCCAAUGAUCAGCUCCAGGAGGAUCAAAGAAGAGCUAAGAUUGCCUGUGAGUACUGUAACAAUUAGACGACAACUAUGCUGAGCAAAGCUACCAGCAGGAAGCCCCCCUGCAAAGUCCCUGUGUUAAAAAAUAAAGAAAUACACGUGCUGAAGCGGUCAUAAUCUUAUGAGCCAACUCGCAGCCUCAGAUCCUCUAGCGAAGGCCUCCUGGUCGUUCCAAAGUCGAGGCUCAAGACUAAAGGUGAUAGAGCUUUCUCCAUCAGAGCUCCUCGACUUCGGAACGACCUGCCAGAGGAGAUAAGGCGUGCAGAGACAGUCGCUUCUUUUAAGUCAAUUUUAAAAACUCACUUUUACAGACUUGCCUUUAUGUGAUGCCAUCUUUCAUCUUUUAUUGCCUUUUACCGUUUUUAUUUUUCUCCUUUUUCUUUUACCUCUUUCACCUCUUUCUUAUUUAGACUUACUGCCUUUUUAGCCUUUGUUUUACUUAUAAUCUUUUUAUUGAUUUUAAUGUUUUCAUUUUCCUUUAUUUUAUAUAUAUAUAUUUAAUUCCACUUUAUCAUUUAUAUUACCAUCAUUUUAUUUUAUUAUGAUUUUAUUAUUAUUAUUAAUAUCCUCUUUUAUACUUACUAGCCUGUUUUCUUCCCUCCUUUUCUAUUUCUUUUUUUUUUUUUUGCUUUUAUUUUGGUCCUCAUGGUCCCAUUUAUUUUGUAGGGUUCUUGUAUUGCCUGGGUUUCUUACGAAAAGUGAAACAGGCCUACAAUUCAGAUGCCUGUUUUUUAACUGAGCUUUUGUUUUUAUGUGUUUUUAUUUUCAAUGUGCUGAUGCUCUGUGCUUACAACUGUUGUCUAAGCACUUUGUAAACUUCUGUUUUUAAAGGUGCUAUAUAAAUAAAAUUAUUAUUAUUUUAAUUCACUGGCCUAAAAAGAAAUGGCAUAAUAUCUGUAAAAUAUUAUCAAAUUUAACUAGUUUUUCCAAUGUUCUUUCUUUGAAAUAGAAUGUGUAGUGUCCCCAAUGCAUUUGUGUUCAUUCAACUACAAUUUAUUUUGAAGAAUUUUGAGGUUUACUUACCUUUUUAAACACAUUGCUAUUAUUAUGAACAUAACUGUAUAUGUGGCAUACUAGCUACACUAGCAUGAGCAUUUUGCUGACUACUUCGUCAAACCAAAAGUAAUAAUACAUACAUCCCCUUAAAAAAGUGAUUUAAAUUUUUUGUUCAUCCAAUAUGGUAGUGUGUGUUUUUUUUAACAUGUAAACAGAGUCAGUCUAGCUCCUGCUUCUUGUUUCCAGUCUUUAUGCUAAGUCAUGCUCAGCUAACCUCAUCCUCCUGCUGGCUCUGCCCAGCUCCUAACAAAAACUGUUAUUUUGUUGUGCUUUGGCACCUCAACAGAGUCAGUGCUUCUUCUCACCAAUGGCUAAUAAAAACAGUCAGAAAUUGACUCUUGCCAGAAGUUGUUCCUCUUGCCCAGGAACUCCUCUGCCAGAUCAUCCUGUCUUGACAUGAUGAGAAUAAUAACAGGAGGAGUUUGCCUUCAAGACCCACUGCCAGGAAGAAGUUCAAUAAAGUGUUUGGCACUUGUCAUAGGAGAUCUAACCCUCUCAACACAAGUUACGUUAUCACGAAAACCAGUGGUUUGGGGAAUGGAGUGGAAAUUCAAGAGGCACUGUGUUUUUUGGAGUAAACACAAGACAGUUUGUCUUUAAGUCCUGUGCAAUCGAGACUAUCUGGAAUCUGUUUUUGAAACGUUGAAGCAUUGCUUAAUGUUGCUUUAAGGGUACAUCAUGUAGAAAUAAGAACAUUAAGGGAUAUCUAUAGCAGUCAGAUGCAAGAUUGAAACUCCUAACCAGUUGUAAAGCUGUUAGUCACUAUCCUGAAUUACACUCCAGGGUUUAAUGGCCAUCUUUGGCAACUCACACGCUAAUACAUUAGCACACCUCCAUUUUUAAGGUCAUUCUUGGCCUGUAUAACCACAAGAUUUUUGUGUUUUUAUCACACAGAAAAGUGCUGGACCAUAUUCAUUGUGCCUCCACGACUUUUUUAUACCCAUUGGCCAGAUUUAUGACAGAAUGACGCAAAACUCAAGGAGCUGUUGCCUUUGAAUGCUUUUAAAUCUAAAAUGAAAGAAUUUGAAGAACAUCCUUUAAUAGGCUGUUGCUUUUUGAUAACCUGGUUGCACAAGGACUCUGAGAUCGUUUCUCUUUCUAUUGUUAUUUUCAUGCUUAUGAAUGGUACUGCAGUUCCCUGUGUGCCUUUGUCCGCAACUUUGCUAAGUCUCCCUUGAAAAAAAAAAAUUUAGACACAAAAACAUGUUUUUCCAUUAGUUUUUCUGCUCUUGUAGCAAAAUGGCAGCCCUAUGGGGAAGGCAGCCCACUCUUUGCUGCUCUGCGGGCAUCUACCCCCUCACACUGAUUUCAUGCAUAAAAAUUACAGUUUCAAAAUCAUCAGUCUUGUCCCUGAUAGCGUUGUAUGCUUUUAGAUAUCAUAAAAUGGGCAUCGAUAUGAAUUUCAGUCACAGGAGGUUUAAAGUAAGGAUGAACUCUUCUACCACAUCUGUUUAAAGGUACCUUUAAUUUCCAAACCAAAUGAUCGAAUCCUGGAUUUCCCUUCAAGCUAAUUUUAUGGAAAAUGAAAAAUGAUUCACCUUUGUGAGUGUCGUAACUCUCCUCACUUUCAUCCAUGCUUCAGGUGUUAAAAUUACAAGCAGACGUGGGAAAAGAGGUGGGAAAUGUUUCAAACUUUUAUUGCUGUGAUAUUGGAGGAACCGGAAUGGAAAGGUUUUUUUUACGGCCCUGAACUCUCAACACCUGGAAAAGUAAUCACAGCCGCUGCCACCGCUGGUUUUUCUGUGAAACAUUUGAUCCGUCAUCGCAUUAGAGACAGUUUGUGCAGGGUGGCAGUACACAGCAAACUUUCUACUUCUUCAAUUUUGUUUUAAAGACUUUUUGAUCAAAAGUCCUUUAAACUUUGAUUUAGUGUUUCAUGAGGAAACAUCCUGCUUAAGAUUACAGUCAAACUCAUCACUCACUGUGAAUCAUUACCAUGAUAACUGUAAAAAAAAAAGCUGUUUUGACAGCUUGCAGUUAAUCAUUACAUCUGACACCAACCCUGCAGCAGAUACUACAGGAGCUAUACGAUUCUGUGUAGAAAGUUGCUGCUGGUCUUGUUAGGUUUUGUAGCUCAAAUAGAGGCUUACGUAAUAAUUUCAGUCAGUUUCACAACCUACGAUGAACUCCUUGUUGUAGUUUUUAAAGAUAAUUAAACCCUUGUAACGACCUUGUCUUUCUCAAUGCAAGAACAAAAGCACCAUUAGUGUCAAAAGUACACCUACAGUGAUUGUUAGCCCCCUAAAUCCAGGGUUACUCGAUCAUUACUCAUGAGUGAAAUCCUCUGAGUGAGAAAUUACAGCCAAAAGAGAGACCUGCAAAAUCUGAAUGAACCUUGAAAAAAGAUCUUUUUGAUCAUUAUGAGGAUUAAAUGACAUUAAAAGUCUCUCCUCCUUCACAGUUUCAUCAAAGUGUUCUUCCAGCAAUCUCCACCAGCGAGAUAUAAAUGUGCUGUGAAAUUAUUUUAUGAUCUCUUCAGCUGAUAGUUUGUGCGUAUAAAAUUGAUUCUGCCACUGGAACACUCGAGAGAAAAAAAGAAAAAUGGUGCAACUUAGAGGGAGAAAAGUUUGAUUUUCUGCGCGGCUGUUGGACGCAGUUUGAUGUUAUGUCUGAAGCAGAUGUUCCACAUUAGACUGGAGACCAUGUGGGAGGUUUCACCCCCUCAGACUCGCAAAUAUAAACACACUCACACCAGGAGACAUAAAUAUAACUGACCUACUGACAAGUGAAGAGGGAACAAGACUGGAAAGCACACAUGUAAUGUAAUGGCUAACAGUCAGAAACUUGCACACAGUUUCCAUCAAAUUGAAAUGCAAGUUGAAAAUGCUCUUUAGUUAUGGCCACGAGGCAAAGCCCAGAGGCACUAUUGUUUGCGGUGGAUUUUCUCUAAUUCCUCUUCCAGACAAAUUUCGAUUCGCACUAGUCCUACAGCUUAGGGGUGGUAGGGCAAACCCUGUAUUAAAACGUUCCAUUUGAUCGUUUAGUUAUGCUAUUACCUUACUCUAUUGUAUAUGAAUUCUUCUGUGAUGUAAAUUGUGAAAAAUAGCAGAAAAAUUUUGCAUUGAAGUCAAUGAGACAAGCCAUAAAGAAAAUUAUCUGAGUUUAUCAAACAUCUACAACUCUGGCAUACUUUCACCUAGAGACUUCAUUUAAACUUUAAAAUGUAGACACAACGCCAAUUGUGUUAGGGUGCCCCGUAUAUGGGAACCGCAGGCCCCGCAGUGGCCGCGGGUUCAAGUCCAGCCCCAAUCGUGUGCUGCAUGUCCUUGCCCCUCUCUCUCUAUCUCCCCACAUUUCACCCUGAAAAAAAAUACUUUAAAAAGAAAAUGUAGACACAACUUUUGUCUAUUGGUGUAUUAAUCUAUUCUUAAACAUCUACUGCUUGGGCAUCUUUUUUUUUUUUUUACAUUUUUUUCAGGGUUCCUAUGCAAGUAUUGAAAGUAUAGAAGUAGUUUGAUCAAUUUCCAGGUCUUAGGCUGCGCUGAUAUGAACCCCUGUGACACAAGCUCAACUCUUUGCUCCUUUUAAGCAUCAUUUCAUUACCCAAGCUUUGAAAAUUUAACAUUGUGAGCACGCUCAGUUAUUUGCGUGCUGUCUUCUGUUUUCUUCCUCCCUGAUCUGCCUGAAAGUUUUGACUCUUUUUCUGACAAGCCUUUAUCUGCUUUUGUUUACUGUCUGCUUUUCUGCUCAUUCACUUUGGUGCAGUGAACAGGGAGGCUUUAAAAGCGCACCGUUGUUCAUCAGAACAAUUGAACUGAUUUGAUGUAAGAAAGGAAUUGGUCACAUCAGUCCCAAAAAAGAUUAAUAAAAUUAUUUAAAUGAGGGUUAUAAUUGUUUCUUCAUUAGCUCUGGUCCUGUUUGUUUGUUUGUUUGUUUGUUUGUUUGUUUGUUUGUUUGUUUGUUUGUUUGUUUGUUUGUUUGUUUGUUUGUUUGUUUGUUUGCUUGUGUGUGUUUUAGAUGCUGUGGAGCCAGCUGCUUGUCCUGCGAUCACAGACUUUGUAUGCCGCAGUGGUCACUGCAUCCAAUCCCACCUGGUGUGUGACAACAAGGCUGACUGUGCUGAUGGGUCAGAUGAGACAAACUGCAGUGAGGAGACACAGGAAUAAAACAUUUUACUGUUAGUCAGAAAACUUACUCUCAACUCAGUCUUCUCACUCCUCCAUUCUCUCUCUCUCUCUUAUUCCCCAUAAAGCUCACAUACUGGGCUUACCAGGCGCAUGUAAUUUCAACAUGGAUGAAAACCAGUGGGAGAAGGCCUGCCAGCUCUCGCAGAACACUGACGAUGACUUUGAUUGGAGGAUUGGUCGUCAAAGUGAGACACCAGGAGCUGGACCGCCUGCUGACCACAGUCCUGGUGGGUACUGUCUCUGAGACUCUCACAUAUAUGGAUAACAAGCUCCAAAAACAAACAGUCUCAUCCAGAAAUAGAGGUUUUUUGUCUCUACCUCCACAACAGAUCAACAGAUCUUGUGUCAUUGAAGCAGAUGGUCAAUUUUAGGCACAAAACAAAAUGCACUUUCUCUGAACAGCUUUAAAAUCUCAAUACAUGAAACUGAUCAGACUGGAAUACUGAGAAGGUGAGCAGGAACUGGAUGUUAAGUGGAUUUGAGGUGCCUGGCCUUGUUCUGAAGGGAUUCCAGUCUGCAAUAAGUUAAAAAUUUGGAGUUAUUUUUAACCCUUGACCUUGUCAUGGUGCAAAAAUCAGUUUGUACUUCCAAACAGAAGCAUUAAUUCCACUAUCUUCUUCCUGUUCAUGUUUGAAACUCAUCCUGCCAUGUUUCCAGUAAAAGAUUUAUAAUCUGCUCAAAAACAUUCCCUGAUAUCAAGAACAAAUAACUUUUUGCAUCGCCCUGACAUCCUCCGUGUUUUCAGCUCACUUGCUCUGCAGCUUUUUCUUAAUUACAACUCGACAGCCGGGAAAUUGGAGCUUCCGACAGGCAUGUGAAGGCAGGGUUAAUAGCACAUCCUUAUCAAUGUCAGCGUGAGUCAAGCUGAGCUUAACAGCAUCAGACUUGUUAGUUAUCUUGUGUUCAGACGCUGUUACAUCAAAACAAGAUUUCUUUCAGUACAAAUUACCUCAGAGGUGCUUGGGUGACACUUAAACUCCUCUACAAAGGCCAGUGCAAAACCUUUUUUUCCAAGUUACUCUGCCUUUGAUUUUCUAUACAGUUUUACAUCUAUUUCUUCCAACACGACUGAAUGUCAGAUUCUAUCACAAAUGUAUAAAUAGAUAAAACUUGAAAACAAUCUGUCUAUAACUGCAGAUCAAGUUCGAACAUGCUUUGAUUGUUUUGAGAAUUUUCAUUGGUGUAUUCCCUGUAAAAGUCUGGAAAAAAGUGUGUCCCACACUUAGUCAUGCCACAUUUCCUCCUUUAAUUUUCCGUUGAUGGACUCACUCCUAUUCUUGGUCAGCCGGUUGAGUGCAUCGAUCUUAGAGAUUAAUCUGGACGCUGAACUCAUGAUCUCACCUCAGAGCCGAUCAAUAAACUGCCUGCUAACACACACACACACACACACACACACAUACAUAUGUACACACAACACACUGGGGGCAUGAACCAGAAAUCAUCAGCGUCAUUCAUGUGUGUACACGGUAAAGGUCUUUUCCUUUGUUUCAAUCAAUGCUCAGGCUCAGGUCUGUUUUUAAUUUUUUGGUGUCAGAGGAGCAGAAUUUAGUGUUCCGAAUGAAAUCUGGGUUUUAUAUGUCAACUAUUAUCGCGGCCUUAAAUCCUCUUUAACUCAUGUGGAAAACUCCCACUUUGUUCUGGUCUCACACUGAUAUCAUCUCAUCUUCGAGCUUAGCCGAGCUGAAGGAGCUCUGCAGCUUUUAGCCGCAGGAAAUAUGAUUUAUAAACAGCAGAGAUGCUUUUUUUCCGCCCAAAAAUGAUGUAUAUUGGAAGCGUUAUCUGAUUUUUUUCAUAUUUUGGAAGGCAAAGCUGUAGAUUUGCCUUCUCAUUUGGCUUUAUCCCUCGUCUCACUGAAUUAUUACUCAUACCUUACAUAAAUGUACUAUAAAUAUGAGCUUCUCUGUUCUUUAUCUCCAAAGAUGGUGGAGGAAACUUUCUGUACAUACACUCAGCCACUCAGAGGGAGGGCGAUGUCGCCAAAGUGACAACCGGGAGUCCAUUUCCGGCCAGCAUCGGUCUGUGUCGCCUGCGCUUCUGGUUCUACAUGCACGGCUCUGACAGGAUGGGAACACUGAAGGUGAUUAAACCUGAGCCACAUUUCCAUAAAUAAUUCAAAGUCUUCCUUUGAGUGUGUCUCGCUCCCAAACAUGUUUUAUUUACUGUCAUUCUGCCGUCAGAUGAUCCAUCACGGUCAACCUGAAGGCUUAAUUUGGUUCUAACUGUUCCUCUCGCUACAUUAAACUCUGCUUACUGUCAAUCAGCUGAUACCCACAGGAAGAAAUGAAAGUCCCCCUGCCGGGAAAUGAUCGAUCAAAGCGUGACACCUCGCAAACUUAAUUAUCAUAUCCAUCUUUUUAUGUCUUUUUUGGGCCUCUUUGUUUGCAGAGUUACAUUUUAGAGCAACAAAAACAUUAAAAACAAAUUUAAAAAUAAAACAACCAAUUUGGUGUGAUGUUCAUUAAAGAGUGCUCGAAAGUACAUGUGGAUGUGCUCCACAUACUCCUAAAUGUGCUGAAUGUUAGAUUAGAUUAGAUUAGUUUUGAUGCAACUUCAUUAAAAUGUUGAAUCUGAUACAUUGUGAGAUAAAUUAAGUAUAAAAAUGUUCAUGCAACAUCAGCUAAGUUUAAAGACGGCAGCAGAGUUGAUCUUUACUAUUGGCGUAACCCAAACAAUGUACUAUUUUCAAGACAAUUUCAAUUUCAAAUGAUCAUUUUUGAACUAAAUAAACAAUGUCAAAACAAUAUGUGGUUUAAAAUAAUCGAUUUAUUAAGUAGCCAGGCUGUUAGAGAGGAGUACCUUUGUCUUCGUCUUUGUAUGUUUAGCAGUAUUGAUAUAUGUAAAUGCCAAUCAAUAGCCAUGAUAACCCUCUUCCUUGCUCACCAAAAAAUCAAAUAAACAUGCUAAAGAAAUACCACUCUUGCAGUCCUUUUAUAGGCCCAUUAAAAUCAAGUUAAGGGGAAGAAUGUAACAGAGUAUGUCAGAGACUGACCUUAACACUCAGGUUUUUACAAAGUUAACAUCAAGCAGGGGGAAAAUUUACCACCUUAAUUUUACAUUUGAGGAUGAACUAAAUGAGUUUGUACACAACCUAAUAUAAAAUACCCCACCAGAUCUACACAGUUGGGCCCAGUGGAACCAGUCUGCUAAUGUGGGCAACUACAGGAAACCAUGGUAACCAGUGGACAUACGCCAAUGUCAUACUUUCCAACCCCGCACCUUUCAAAGUGGCCUUCCAGGCGGAGGCGGGUGGAGACGUGUGGACAGACAUCGCCUUAGAUGACAUUUCCUUUACUGCAGACUGUAUGGAAGAAGGUAGAGCUAAAGUUUGUCCUUUUUUGUCUCUUUUUUUAAGUAAUCCAUUUAGUUUCUUGAUUUUCCUUCACUGUGCUAGUUUUUCAUGCCUUUUCCUUCAAUUUUCACCUUCUCCUGUUUCCUCUUUUUCCACAUUUUUUUCUUCCCACCAACAUCCAUGCUCCUCUGCUCAGUUUCCAUAUAAAUUGUUUGGACCCUCGGGGAGAGUGUAGAGAGUUAAUGGAGCUUGUUGCCCCAUAGGUCCGUAUGAAAUUCACAGUGGAGACCGGGUCAGUGCCGAGGGAUGGGACAGAGGGCAAGGGGGGCUGAAAGCAAUUACAUUUAUAUUGUGUUGUUUCCCCACUUCCACCCUGCUGCUCUCCUUUCACCCUGAAUCACUUCUUUGCUGAGUUUUUGCAGAGCUUGGUCUUGAUAGCUCAGAUAGACCAUUAGCAUACCUCUCUAUGUCUUAAAGUACCAUCUGAGGUUUCUGACUGAAGCAUGGGAGUAACCACAGUUUAUUGAUAACAUGUAUAUUAGGGGUGGGAAACACUAGUGGCCCCACGAUACGAUAUUGUCACGAUAUUUGGGCCAUGAUACAAUAUUUUUGCGAUUUUUAACAUUUUGCAAUACAGUGAGUAUUGGGAUACAAUAUAUUGUGAUUUAUACAAUUUUUUCAACUGUUAAGCUAAUUUAGCAUUUGUCUUUCCUUUAUGUUUGUCUUAUUUACGCUAUGUUUUAUUUUCAUGUAGUACCUCUUUCAAACCUUUUAUUUAUAUUUAUUUGUUGUACUAACUUUCUCCUGCUCUAUGAUGUCACCUCUGCCAACUUCACUGGACAAACAGUAGAUUUCAUUUUGCCAUUAUCAUAGAUAUGACUUCAUAUUAGCAUUUAAUUUGAAAAAUUGAUACUUGGUAAAUGAGACGAUACAAUAUAUCACCAAGCAAAAUAUCACAGUACUAUGCUGUAUUGAUUUUUUUCUCCCACCCCUAAUGUAUAUGAAGGUUAAAUAAUCAGCUAAUGCUAAACUGUAUGUUGUAGUAGUUAAAUAGUUUCAGUAAUGGUACGACGUGGAAUAUUUGUUGGUUUGUUGAACAGCUAGAAUAAACUGUAUAUUGCUAAAAAGUGUGUACAACUCUGUAUAUGCAUGUGUAAUCAUACGUAUGUGUCCUCUUUGUUUUGCAUCACUUCAGGACCUUUGACUCCCCAGCCCCUGACCUGCGCUGUGGACCAGUUCAGUUGUUUGUACUCCUUUCAGUGUAUCCCAGAAAGCUGGAGGUGUGAUGCAGAGCCGGACUGUGCCGAUAGAUCAGAUGAAGAGUUUUGUCCCACUGUGGUGCCUGGUACUCUUCCUCCUCAGGGUGGCUGUCCUGUUGGGUAUUUCCAGUGUUUGAAUGACCUCUGCCUCCCCUCCAUUCUGCGCUGUGACGGUGUCCCAGACUGCCCUGAUGGAGAGGAUGAAUACAGCUGCCGUAAGUAGUGAAUUUAAAAUUAUUAUUCUGUAUUAGUUUGUGUUCAAAGCUUUCCAACCUGUUUUUAUCAGAGAGAAAUCGUUCCAGUUCUUGCUCCAGUGAAAACUUGAGCUUUUACAUCCCAUGUGGCAUGCUCACGGGGAUCUGUGAAAACAACUCUAAGACACCCUAUUCAGCCCUUUUCAUAUUUCAAGAAUUUCAUGGUUUCUCGUUUUAUUUCCCACAAGCCCUGAUGCAGUGUGAGCUGGGAGAACUGGUGUGUGAAGGCUUGCCUGCUUGUAUCCCUCUUCAGAAGCGAUGUGACCACACUGCUGACUGUCUGCCGUUUCACUCCGAUGAAUCCAGCUGCCAUGGUAACACGUUUAUACCAACCAUCUCCUUAUGAGCUUUCUGCUAUUAACCAUUUUAUGACUCCCUGACCUUGAAACUCGGGCACUGAUUUUUGGAGAGAUAGUAACCCUCUUAGCAUAGCUGAAUGUUCAUGUGAGCUUUUACCAUUCAAUAAUACAGAUGUGGUUUUUCAAUAACUGUAACUGCUGUGUAAUUGGAUUAUGUUCCAUUUAAUAACUUGAUUUCAAUUAAUGAGACGGCCAAAUUAAAAUUACAUCCUUCAAGCAGGGGCGUGUCCAAAAGGGCAGCAGGGGUGGCAUGGGCCCUUUUUGUAAAUCGAUUGAGUGCCCCAAAAAUCCUGAACUAUAAUUGGCUGUUAAUCAAAUCAGAAGAGGGACAUGUAUUAUCUAGUAUGGGCUGUAUUGCAACAGGCUGACACGGGUUUUGAGGUAGUGUUAGUCUUUUUUGUUAUGUACGAACAGGUAUUAGGCUGAAUUGUUGGAUGUCAAUACUAUAUGUGGGCAAAUUCUGAGUUAAAUUUGUAUCAUAAUAACUCCAGGAGAAGACCGAAGGCAACUAUGAAUGGCUUUUUUUUUUUUUACUUAAAUUAGGUAGAAGAGACAUGAGAUUUGCCAAAGUGAUGCCAUCACUGAUUGGUAAAUCAGUUUCAAAGAGCAUAAUUAAUGUCCCUCUCACCAAAUUGAAAUAUCCCACUCUGUUCUUUGUAGUCAUUGAGUCACUAUCCAAACUUCCCAGAUCAGAUGUGGAGGCAAAACAUACAGCCAUAUUUCAUAAUAUAUCAUAUUACAUAGAAGAAGAUGAACCUAUGGCUUGGCAACAGCGAAGGAGGCUUCUGAAGUGCAGAGGUCAAAGUGUGAUUUUUCAAAGACAUCAUUCUCAGAUCAUUUUUUGAGGCUGUAAAUCAUGAAAAGCUACAAAAAAAAAGCUCUUCAAAGACAUUGUAAACCCUGAAAUUGAUCUUUAUACCCCACCUUCAGUAAUCAAGCUUAGAAGAUCUGAAUGGUCCUGCUCUGUUCUGCUGCUAUCUUGAGUUUAAAAAACAGAUACAGGUAUAUAAAAUGUGUAUGAUUGCUUGUGGUAAAUGAUAAGAAAAGUUUUUUAUUUCACUUCAUGCCACCUUGCAUGAGUCUGUGCCCUAGUUAAUAUCUGGACACACCAUUUCCACUAAGUCCACUCCACCUUUAAGCUGUUUGACACUCAGCUCUUUCCUGCUGUUUGCUUCUAGACAAAUAUACUGUAUAAAUGCAUUGAUUUUGCUAUUUAUAAAUCAAUACAUGCAAUAUAUCUUAUUACUCACUGGUGCUGCCAAAUUCCCUCCAUGUCUGCACAGUCCAAGCAGUGACUUCCAGGAAAAAUCUUCCUGUUUAGCCCUCAAUGCACACCUCAAAGGUUACUAUGAGCUGCCAAGACCCAUUUAGAGCCCCGCUUUCCUGCAUUUUUCAGGAAGAAAGACCAAACCUCACAUUGAGCCCGCAUUUACUGCCAGAGUCACUUUAUCAAGGCUGAGCAGAAGUUCAGGGUUUCAUUAUGGUGUUUCAAACAUGAUGAUUAUUUAAAAGGCAGCCCUGAUAACCCCCACACAACCUGUGGCAGGAGGAGUAUUAGUCAGGAGUGCUAAAGAGGUUUAAUGCAGAGGUUAAUGGAUGAUGCCUUCCUGGCAGCGUAACGUAACUAUUUCAUGUUGAGAUGUCAAGGCGGGAGUCUUCAGUGUACGUCUGUUUCUUGUCAAGGGAAAAGUGAAGGAAUGUUUGCAGGUGAAAAAGCAUCAAAGAAUUUCAUUUGUUGUUUUUUAUAUUCUGCAGUUUCUUUUGUGUAAUCUGCAGAUUGUCCUCCGCUGUACUGCUUGAAUCAAGGCUCGUGCUUUGUGAAGACGCAUGGGCCUGUUUGCAUGUAAGUAAAAAAUCACCUACACAUCCUCUAGCACUCACAAACAAACAUAACUAUCAUGUCUCGUCUUCCCACUCCUCUUGUCCUCUGUCCUUUAUCUCUUUUUGUGGAAAUUAAACAUGGAAAUCCCAUCAGUCUUCCUUUUUUCCUGGAAAAGACAUGCUCCAUGAAGCAUGUGGGAAUCUGCUUAUCCCCCCACAGCUUAACCAGGGUGGUUUCUGCCUUCAUUUAUCCACCAGCACAAUGUUUUCUGGGAAUCUUUCAUGGAUUCGCCUGGUCAAUAUUUACACACAGCCCAUGUGCCAAUGGUCUUACUGGGUAGACCACAAAAAAAAUUCAUGCAUUAGAUAAAUCUGCUGCUACCGUCACGUUGACAUAAACAAAACCAGUCCAAGACACACACUGUGAUCGCUCUGUUGGGGUUUUGUUUUUUUAGGAAGCUCAUGAAUCUAGUUGUCUGCAUCAGCAGCUUGGAAUGACUGCAAUGAGAUAUUUCAUUAUGAGAGUAAGAAUGAAAUAAUGAGACGUGCUGCUGAAUCUGCUAACAUCAUUAUGCACCAGUGAAUCCUCAAUCAAAACUUUCUUCAUGUCUAUGUCACAAGGUCGCUGUCUCCACAAACAGGAUGUGAACUGUGCAGCAGGAAGGGUAGAAAUACCAGCACAAAAUACCUGCCAUAGAAAGUAAAUUGUUUGUUCAUUUAUUUCUAUUUUUGCUAAGCAGAUGUAUCUACCACAUCCUAAUUCAACUCAAUUCAAACAGCUUUAUUAAUCUCUCACAGGGCAAACAGUAUAGAGCAGCUUGUCGAGGAAAGGCAUCAGCAGACGACAACAAUGUACAAAUAUACAAAAGAGCUAAAAACCUGAAAAUAAGAUCUGAAAACAAACUCUUGUGUUUCCAUUCCGGGUUUUUUUUUUUGUUUCAAGAUUGCACUCAGUCUUGGAUUCAUUUGACUUUAUCUGUCUGUUUCCUCUCAAGAUUUAAAGACAUUUUGUCUGGGUGCUGGUUUAGCUCAGAGUGUAAGUCCUGUUUCCCAUGUAUGGAGGCCAUAGUCCUUGAAACAGGCGGCCUAGGUUCAGUUACAGCUCUUGGCCCUUUACUGCAUGUCAGUAUCCACGCUCUUGUCUGAGUUUUUUUUUUUUUUUUACUCUAUACAGUCCUUUGCUCUUGAUCAAAUCAUGAAAAGCCCCACAUAAAACCCAAAAAAGGAGGCUUGUUUGCACACAGCCAAUCAAAUCCCCUCAUUUAAACCAAGUCUGAGUAAAACACUCAUUACUUCUGAGAUGGUAACUUACCUUUUUGCCAAAGAGUCAUCAGGCAUUGCCAGACACCAUUCUGCAGUUCAGUUUGAUAUGACUUAUUUAAUCAGCUUCUUUCUUGUAUUGCUGAGAAUUAAUAACCACUGUAAUAAGGUUUGGACCAAUUAGUCUCAAGUAUUUAACACAUCCGGCUAAUGAACAAACACUACCUGUGUCAUUUAAUAGCAUGUAAAAAAAACAAAAACAAACAGAAAAUGUGAUUGACUCAUGCCAAAGCUGAAGGCCCACAUGAGUCUGCUAUCUUGUAAGCUCCAGAGCAGGUUUAACAAUUGCUUCCACCAUGGGAGCUCAGCCUGCUCACCGCUGUCAGUCAAAACUGACAUGAAAAGAAGUAUUUCUGACAUUUUUCCACAAAGCCUUUCUCCUCUUUUUGGGAACUACUGCCAUUAAAAAACAAAACAACAGACACCAGUUGACUAAAUGUGGUAUCCGCUAAACUGAAAAUGUGUUUUUGGUUGUGAGGAUAUCUCACCUUGUGAAAAAUGUUGUGUCCUCUCCCAUCAGUCUUCAGAUCCAAUGCUUUGUUUUAAAUUAUUUAUCAAUCUAUCCACCGUCCUGAAACUCCACAGCGCUGCUGCCACCGCUGCCUCCUCUCAUUAUGUAACAAGACUUCACCGCCAUCAUUCCCUGCACAUGGUGGUUUACAGUUCCUGUAGCUGUUCCAGCAUUGAUAACAGUCCUGCUGUAGCAGAACCAGAGGCCAGCAUUGGAGGGCAUCUCUGCCUCAGUAUUUGCAUCACGUUCUUCCACUCUGCCGAGCAGGAUCCACCAGGGAAGCAGGCCAGGGACCUCCUACUGCCAUGGCCAGACCGUCACACAAUAUAUACCCUGACCCUCUUUGAAUGAUAAUGACACAGUCUGGUUUUGCUGAGAGUUGUGUGUUUCACAUUAGAAGGUCAAUGUUGCUUAGAAAUCAAGUUGAUACUGAACAGAUGUUGACUUGGAGUAAAGUCUCAGUUUGGGAGAAGAGGAGGAACCUCUGGGCCAAGCUGCUGUUAGUCUGUUUCCAUGCUGGAUGUCAGACGGAUAAAUCUAUCACCAUGGUUCAGAUAGUGAGCACAGAUGUGUGCAGGAGGAAAGCAGUGAUUAAAGUUCUUUAACUGUUUUAUAAUUUUAUUUUAUUUUACUUUCAUCACUUUACUCACACUAUAAAAGGUAGUUUUAAAUAAUCAUUAAGCAGUAAUAGCCCACUACACCGUUGGCUUAAAUUGAGAUAUUGAUGAGUUAGAAACUUUCAUGAGGCAGUGUCAUCUCUAAGGCUUUGUUCACACUGCAGGUCAAGUCCGAUUUUUUAACCAUAUGUGACACAUAUCUGAUUUUUUCAUGUAAGUGUGAACAGUGCAAUUCUGAUUUUUUUCAAAUCCGACCCAGGCCUCUUUUGUAUGUGGAUAUAAAUCGGAUAUGUAUCCAAUGUGACUGCAGUGUGGACACUCAGGCGCGUUCAUCCGACCUAUACGUCAUCAAUAUGCGACAAACGUCACCAUUGCUCGACAACACAAACAGGCGCGGAAAGCAAUUUGUGCUUUGUGCGCACACAAGUCACUUCUCGGAAGCAUUCCGUUCACAUAUGAUGCCACAUUCGUUGCACAAAAAGAUCGGAUUUAACAAAAAAUCUGAAUUGUGCAUCAUAGCCUGCAGUGUGAACGUAGCCUAAGACGUUUCAGUAACACAGCUAAUGAUGUGGAUAAAUCAUAAAUCUGAACAUAAUUAGAAAUUGAUGAUUACAUUAAAGUCAGUUGUGUUCAUUGGUAGAUUUUAUGGAGUUGUAAAAUUCAUAAACAUAUGUUUUAUGUUGUUCCACCCAUGUCUGGGCUUCUCCAUAAAUAUUGCAAUAAUAUUUUUGUCGUGGUAUGCCAUGGCUAUGAUAAUCACAACAAAGGUACUACUAUAGUAUGUUAGUAAGCAGCAUGUUGUUAGAGUCAGAGUUAAACUCUAAUAUUUGGUGUCUGAUUACAGGUGUCAUUCAGGAUGGACGGGAAAUCGCUGCCAUGUGAGGGAGAAACCAACUCUCUCUACACCAUCACCCACACCAGAGGACACACAACUGGGUAAUAAACAAGCGCACCUCCCUGCUCAUCGCCAUUAAACUGUCUCACCUGGAUUUAUUCACUGUAUCUUUGCAUGCCCUGUUAAUGCCUCUGCGGUUAAUUAAGGUAUCUCUUGAGUAAGAAUCAAAUGUCCCUCCCUCUUGUUUAGUUUCCGUAUAUGUUGGCAUCGGCAUCGGACUACUGCUGCUGGUAGCUGGAGUAAUUGUCUGUGCUCUGGCUGUAUAUGCAAAAAAAUGCCAAUCAAGGUGAGUUGUGACUAUAAUCAAGAAAAAAUUCCUCAUUUUUCUCAUAAUGAUGUUAGUGAUGAGUGCCUUUUCCCCACAGAAAGGCCAACCUCAUGGACUACGGGGUGAUGGAUAACCCAGCCUUUGACAACAGAGCAGAGGUCAGCGCACAAAAAUGUCUAAUCAAUCAACAUGAAAUUCUUCUAGGACAACAUUAGAUUUCUCAGCUAUACAAACUCAUUUUUCUACCACUUGAUUCAAUAUACUGAUGUAACAUUAGAGGAGGUCAGAAGGUGAAAGCCAAGCCUUUCUGCCUGAUUAGAUUUUUGAUGUAAGCUUAUUGAUUUUGUGGCUUGUGUGGGUAUUUGUGUGUCUUUCUGUGUUACUUUAAUGCAUAUAAGCAAGAAGAUACAAUAACAGAAGAAUAGACUCUGAUAAAAUCUGCGCCUGUUAGCAAAACACAAAGAUAAACAAAAAAAUCAGCAGCUUUCUGAUACAGCUGAAUACAAAAUUGACAUUUUUUAUUUAAAGAGGUUGAAGAAGUGCCUUUUUCAACAAGUAAAAUGUAUGUAAAUGCUAAAGCCCUAUACAAUAUUAAAAAGUUGUGUAUCUAAAUCAGCUAAAAAAUACAUAAUUAUAAAGAAAUUAAAAGUACAAGUACUAAUUUUAAAAAAUAUUGUCCUUAUCAGUAAAAUGCUAUUAAAUUUCCACAAGUUAAUCUUGUACAAGACAAGUAAAAACUGCUUUAUCCACAGGGGGGCGCUAAAAUGGACACAGACUUAAAGUUACACACUUGAGCUUUAAAUUUUACAUUACUGAUUUAUUUUAAAUGAAGUAUUUGAAUGUUUAUAAGAUUUAACGCUGCUGGUUGAUCACUGUGGUACAGUCUUAAGUACCUGACCCAAACAUCUGUAGCAUGUUUAAACUGAAUCUUGCUUACUUGUGAUUUUUUUAUGAAGUUUUAUCUCUUUUUGCUGUUUUUCUGUUCUACGAAAGUAAAAGCUAUAAGAGGAAUCUGUCUUCAAGGAAACUCAUUACACAUUUUUCUUUUACUUCCAUUCUCAACAUGGUCCAAAUAUUAGUUUAUAAUGACGGUCAGAGCUGCUGAAUAACUGUAAUGAAGAAGAAAUAAUAAUAUUUCACUUCAUCGUGUGGCUAGGUAGAAGCGAAUAGUGAAGAGAAAUAGAGAGGCAUAGAUUUAAAAUGGUAGAAUGUACAAAUUUGACUAAUUUUAACAUUUGAGUAAAUGUACUAACUCAAUAAUUGGUAUUCCCCACUUAAUUAUAGUAAAAGAGCCAAUUUAUAUCCUAUAGCUCAAGUAUGUUUUAUCACUCAGCCUUAUUUUCGUCACACAGGUUGUCCAUAAUGAAAGCAAUCAGACGCAUUUCACUUCUGCCUACUGACACUGUAGCAAAAAAUGUUAGCAUCAAAUCAAACUUUAACAACAUGUUUGGUACUUUUAAGAUCCCGUUCUGCAAUGUAGGCAACUACAGAACAACCGGUGAGUGUGUGUGUGUAAGUCAUUUUACAUCAGUAUAUUGAGUCAACUUGUUUAUGGCUCUAGUUGGCAGCCAGAUACUAAGCAAGCAGGAGGAUGUUUGCUAUGCAGGGUCCUGCUAACUCUGCAGGGAUUCUAAUUUGCAUACCCACCUGCUCACUGUACAUUAUCUCUUACUUAUAGUGUCCAAACCCUGUGCACUUAGUUUUUGGUGCUGUGUUUUUGCAGCUGUUAUUUCUGCUUUCACAGGGACAAAAAUCCCAGCAGCACUAGAGAUGAUACCAUCACAGCUUGUCCAUUUGGAUAGCGGCUUUUAUUAGUGUGUGUUCCUAAAAGUGACUGUACGUCCGAGCACACUCACAUCUAAUCUGCGUGGGCGUGGAGCGAGUGUCUUACUGUAUGAAAGCGAUGACUUUUAUGACUCUGAUGAUGAAGAUUCUCAUGGAUGUAAAUGUGCUGCUUAAGUCACAUGCCACAGUUAAUAAUAUUCCAGGCAAGCUUUUUCUAUAAAGUUUUUUACUGAUGCAAACACUGAGAUUUGUCAGAGCAGAUUAGUUUUCUGUGAUACAGUUAAUGUAUUUCAGUGUGGUCUAUAUCUGCGUUGUCUGUACAUAUUUGCUUUCAAGUGGCUUCAGGAAGGGAUGCAGCUAUAAAUAGUGAGGUGUAGGUGUGAACUGGUAUCUACACAACCCAGACAGAUAUGUCUCAACUCUUGUUUGACUAAGCAAGAAAAACAGAGGAUGUUUAUCCCACCACAGGAAGAAGAUGUGAGGUUUUAUGGAGGUUAGAGGUGUAAUAUAACAAGUCAAUUUGAUUUUAAUGGCGCCUGCAUUUCAUGCACUCUCACACAUUAAAUCUCAUCUUCACUAAAGCCAAGUGAACAUGUUUGCUUUUCUCCAGCCCUCAACUCUGCAUGAAAGGCCAGGCUGUUGUUCAGGAGUUGACCCCAGCAAGAGUGGUGGGCGCGGGCUUUCAAUCAGUGUCUACCCCUGGAGGAGGGAGUUGGAGGUAAGGUGCCUCUGCUCAGCCCUUGAGGCUUUACUCCAAUUAUCUGUGCAGAAGUCAGUGACGUGAUGUAUGUCUCUCUGUGUGUUUAUUCGUCCACAGCAGGCCUCAACCUGGAAAGACGCCAAGCUGUCCUUCGCCAACCCAUUGUACAAUUACCCCCCUGAUGCUAAUAGCACUGACUGGAGAAGCUCCGAAGCAUAA